CAGACACUCGUCUGCUGAGAUCAGGAGACACUUUGGUGGGAACUAUGGCUCUCCUCAGGUCUCCAAGCAACACAGUCGUCAUGGCUCCAACGCAUCAGUCUCCACGUGCUCCACCGUGGUGAGUUACAGAACUACUACUACUGUACAACUAACUAUACCCUUUCAUGGAUAGCAGCAAAUAGCACUAUGGUGUACUAUUUAGCUCCACUUAGGAGAAAGAUUCUGACUGAGACUCUCCGAUGUUGUGCUGUAGGCCUAAAAACGUAAUCCUAAAGAGGGAUUUUGUCCCAAAAGGGUGUGACCCCUCACUUAGUCUCUCUCUCUCUCUCUCUCUCUCUCUCUCUCUCUCUCUCUCUCUCUCUCUCUCUCUCUCUCUCUCUCUCUCUCUCUCUCUCUCUCGCUCUCUGUCUCUCGCUCUCUGUCUCUCGCUCUCUGUCUCUCUCUCGCUCUCUGUCUCUCUCUCGCUCUCUGUCUCUCGCUCUCUGUCUCUCGCUCUCUGUCUCUCGCUCUGUCUCUCGCUCUCUCUCUCUCUCUCUCUCGCUCUCUCUCUCUCUGUCUCUCUGUCUCUCUGUCUCUCUGUCUCUCUGUCUCUCUGUCUCUCUCUCUCUCUGUCUCUCUGUCUCUCUGUCUCUCUGUCUCUCGCUCUCUCUCUCUGUCUCGGUCUCUCUCAGUCUGUCUCUGUCUCUGUCUCUCUCUCUCUCUCUCUCUGUCUCUCUGUCUCUCUGUCUAGUUUUAAGUGCACUAAUACCUCUCUACAGUGAGGGAAAAAAGUAUUUGAUCCCCUGCUGAUUUUGUACAUUUGCCCACUGACAAAGAAAUGAUCAGUUUAUAAUUUUAAUGGUAGGUUUAUUUGAACAGUGAGAGACAGAAUAACAACAAAAAGAUCCAGAAAAAUGCAUGUAAAAAACGUUAUAAAUGUAUUUGCAUUUUAAUGAGGGAAAUAAGUAUUUGACGACCUCUCAAUCAGAAAGAUUUCUGCCUCCCAGGUGUCUUUUAUACAGGUAACGAGCUGAGAUUAGGGGCACACUCUUAAAGGGAGUGCUCCUAAUCUCAGUUUGUUACCUGUAUAAAAGACACCUGUCCACAGAAGCAAUCAAUCAAUCAGAUUCCAAACUCUCCACCAUGGCCAAGACCAAAGAGCUCUUCAAGGAUGUCAGGGACAAGAUUGUAGACCUACACAAGGCUGGAAUGGGCUACAAGACCAUCGCCAAGCAGCUUGGUGAGAAGGUGACAACAGUUGGUGCGAUUAUUUGCAAAUGGAAGAAACACAAAAUAACUUUCAAUCUCCCUCGGCCUGGGGCUCCAUGCAAGAUCUCACCUCGUGGAGUUGCAAUGAUCAUGAGAACGGUGAGGAAUCAGCCCAGAAAUACACGGGAGGAUCUUGUCAAUGAUCUCAAAGCAGCUGGGACCAUAGUCACCAAGAAAACAAUUGGUAACACACUACGCCGUGAAGGACUGAAAUCCUGCAGCGCCCGCAAGGUCCCCUUGCUCAAGAAAGCACAUAUACAGGCCCGUCUGAAGUUUGCCAAUGAACAUCUGAAUGAUUCAGAGGAGAACUGGGUGAAAGUGUUGUGGUCAGAUGAGACCAAAAUCGAGCUCUUUGGCAUCAACUCAAAUCGGCGUGUUUGGAGGAGGAGGAAUGCUGCCUAUGACCCCAAGAACACCAUCCCCACCGUCAAACAUGGAGGUGGAAACAUUAUGCUUUGGGGGUGUUUUUCUGCAAAGGGGACAGGACAACUUCACCGCAUCAAAGGGAGGAUGGACGGGGCCAUGUACAGUCAAAUCUUGGGUGAGAACCUCCUUCCCUCAGCCAGGGCAUUGAAAAUGGGUCGUGGAUGGGUAUUCCAGCAUGACAAUGACCCAAAACACACGGCCAAGGCAACAAAGGAGUGGCUCAAGAAGAAGCACAUUAAGGUCCUGGAGUGGCCUAGCCAGUCUCCAGACCUUAAUCCCAUAGCAAAUCUGUGGAGGGAGCUGAAGGUUCGAGUUGCCAAACGUCAGCAUCGAAACCUUAAUGACUUGGAGAAGAUCUGCAAAGAGGAGUGGGACAAAAUCCCUCCUGAGAUGUGUGCAAACCUGGUGGCAAACUACAAGAAACGUCUGACCUAUGUGAUUGCCAACAAGGGUUUUGCCACCAAGUACUAAGUCAUGUUUUGCAGAGGGGUCAAAUACUUAUUUCCCUCAUUAAAAUACAAAUCAAUUUAUAACAUUUUUGACAUGCAUUUUUCUGGAUUUUGUUGUUGUUAUUCUGUCUCUCACUGUUCAAAUAAACCUACCAUUAAAAUUAUAGACUGAUCAUGUCGUUGUCAGUGGGCAAACGUACAAAAUCAGCAGGGGAUCAAAUACUUAUUUCCCUCACUGUAUAUUCACCAGGCUUUAGGCGUCAAGUCUUUGUGUCUCUGACUGUCUGACUCACUGACUCUAGGCUUGAGCCCUUAGAUAUUUCUCUCUCUGCUGCUAGUCAGCUGACUAGGCCAGAGGAGGGAGAGUUGGCCCAUCCCCUAGUUAUUAUGGUUAAGCUCUAGCCUGCUUGGGAAAUAGGUCAGGGCCCAGGCUACUGUAGAGGGAUGGGACGGCCUGCUUACCUUCCAGCUUACACAGGCAAAUCUGUUAUAUCUGUGAAUUUGCGAUGCGGGAGAGCGGUUUUUAAUACCAUAAUCUAAUGAUAUUUUCCCCUGGUGCACCAUCGGUGGAGGAGAUCAGUGGAGCUGCAGGCAGAUGUGUGGGAUGAUGGUUAUUUGUAUGAUUCAUCUCUCUAUUUGUAGGACUUAUAAUGAUGAGUAUUGUUAUUAGUAAGUCAUUUCCAAAAUGAUGGAUCACGUGUGUGUGUGUUUGUUACGCUUGUCUGUGCAUGCCCACUUUUGUCAGAGUGUACACUUGCUCGUUUGUGUGGUGGGGUUCUAUCUCUAGAAACACAGAAGCUGAUUGGAGGAGGCCUUGUUGAUUUCACUUCCUGUAGACAAGUGUUUUACCUCACUUUAACUUAAUGCUGCUCCGUACCUAAUCAACUCCUGGUCACUUCCCUUACCUUCUUCACGUAGGGACCUUAAACCAUUAGAUGGGUAUUAAGGAUGAUGGCUCCACUUUGCCCCCUGAAAGGCUAGGACUAGGUUCCACCAUAUUGCUUAUACCUAUCCAAUCCUUUUACAUCUACCGAAGUGUCUUGGGGUAGGGGCUAGGAGUCACUUUGGAGUUGUCUGAGUCUUGCAAGAGCUUGUGGUUAACUCUUCUAGAGGAAGAGAGUUGUCAGAAACCAGUAACCGCCAGUAGUCUGCACAGUCUGUAGGUUCUUGUUUCCGGAAUGCGCCAUUUUGUCAACUUCCCUCUUACAUGUUGAGUAUUUAGCGGGGUAAGUCUACUUCCAAUUCAGUGUACCUGUGUUCUAUUUCUACUAACGGUCACCUAGAGACCUACACUUUUCUGUUUAAAAUAUGUGAAGCAUCCAGUGUUGUGAGGUUGGAGGCAGGUAAUGUGGUGUUAGACUGCGUAUUUGGUACAGACUGUGUUCAGGGUUUCAGCUUGGGGAAGUAGGUUAUGGGUUGUUCAUUAGGCUGAAAUUACACAUUGCAGAGUUGGAUAGUAUAACUGUCUUACUGUUAGGGAUAGGCAAGAUGUAUCCUCAAAUAUAUUUUUGACAAAAUACAAAACACCCUCGAGUCAAGACAAAACCAAAAAUACAUAUGUGUAUAUUUUGUAUAAAAAAUACACUAUUUUACAAGUAUUGUCAAAUAUAAUAACAAAAUGCACAAAGUCAUUGAAACAUGUAUUCCAGCGUUAGCGUUAUUGCUUGCUGCUUCAGGAGAAACACUGAGGUAGUCUAAUAGUCUGACUGCUGGUAGGGACAACAGCCUGUUGCUGGACCAGCUGAGAGCAUUGCUCCAUAGCGCAGCAUGCCUGGGAGUUGGGACAGAGGCAUGCAUACAUUUUAAUUUAUUUGUUUCAUUUGGCUCCCAUGCUAAGGAAGGGAAAGAUAAUAUAUAUUAUGGAAGGAGAUAUGUAGCCAUGAUUCCCCAAGCAUUAAAAUGUCUGGGGUUCACUAAAAGAAGUGAGGGAGUAUUAGGACGCUUGUCCAGAUUCACUCCUCACACUACAAGCUAUGACGCCUUGAUCCAUCUGGUAAAGACAUACCAUUUAUUUUGAACGCAUCAUCAAUCUCUUUUGGUCUGUUUUCUGGUCUCGGCUUUCACCUCUUUGUUUUACACUCUGUUGCAUUCUCUCUCUCUCUGUCUCUCUCUCUCAUUCUCUCUAUGUCUCUCUCUCGGUCUCUCUCUGUCUCUCUCUCUCCUCUCUCUCUCUCUGUCUCUCUCUCUCGCUCUCUCUUUCUCUCUCUCUCUCUCUCUCUUUCUCUCUCUCUCUCUCUCUCUCUCCCCAUUUGACACCUGGCUGUCAUGUAAAUUAGUCUUGUUGCUGAGAGCAGCAUUUAAAAAAACAGAUGGUAACACAACAGUUCACUUUCCUUUUCUGGGCAUAAGGCUGGAUGUGUGAAGUUGUUGCAUUGACUGUGUAUAUUGCUGUAACAAUGUGAUGUGAUUUAAAGGGAACAUGAUUUUCGCUCUAGUUUGUAGAGUGCUGAUUUAUAGGUAUUCAUCUAUUGUGUGAUCUAAGCUUUUCUGAAGUGCUCUCCAGAUUAUCCUCCAUUCAGAUCUUUGCUUGAGUUGGCAGAUUUCUGAGCCACACUUCACACAUUACUAUAUAGUAACUGAACUACUGUGUAUGCAACCUCACAGUUAAUGCUCUAGUGAUGUAAUUAGAACAGAAUUGGCAAGUUCCCUUUUAUACCAUUCAGUUAUUGUUUUGUGCGUGUGUGUGUCUUACAGCUUCCAUGUGAAGAGUAAUUCCAUUGAACACCACAGUAGUUACGGAGUUAACUACACGGCACAACACCAACUUAACAAGAACUGUUGUCGGUUUUUGUCUGAAAUGAUGUUACACACGUGAUACUUCUCUCCUCUGAUCUGCAUUUGACAGAGGUCUUUAUGUCAAUCAUAUGAGCUGUCAUGAGGGGGACUCAGUCACCCCUUAGAAUAGGGAGUUAGGAUAGGGGGAUAGUUGCCCAGGGGUUGCAGUAUGGUUGCAGAGGGUUAGACUCUUAUGAAGAGGAUUGAUAGACUAACAUGAUCAGAAAUUAACCAUUAAAAACAUAUAUCUAAAUACAAAUAUAUACACAAACAUGCAAGCACACAAAUAUACACAAUACACAUUACAUGUACAGUUUAAAUCUAAAGUUUCUAUGUAAAGUUCCUACACCAUUUUCUCUGUAUAUUAGCUCAGUCCUCUCGUUCCUUGACAGGUCUGAGGUUGUUGAGAGCAGAGUCGUGAUCCAACCUGUCCUCCUUCUCCUCACAGCUCUCUAAUAUCUGGAAUGACUGAGGGCUAUAUAAACUCACUCUCUCUCUCUCUCUCUCUCUCUCUCUCUCUCUCUCUCUCUCUCUCUCUCUCUCUCUCUCUAUGUCUCUCUCUCUCUAUGCUUCUCUCUCUCUCUCUCUCUAUGCCUCUCUCUAUGCCCCUCUCUCGCUCUCUCAAUUUCUCUCUCUGCCUCUCUCUCUCUCUAUGCCUCUCUCUCUCCCCCCCCCCCCCCUCCCCCCCCCCUCUCUCUCUAUCAAUGAUACAUUUAGAUGCACUACAGUGGUUUAUUCAUAACCUUAAGAAUGCCAUCAUGUAGUUGCGUGGUAUCUUUGUGUCUUAACCGUUUCCUGCCUUCUGCAUGCAAAUAUUUCUCUCUCUAUUUUCUACAUCUACCGCUCUCUCUCUGUCACCAUCUCUGUCACCGUCUCUGUCACCGUCUCUGUCACCGUCUCUUUCUCCCGUUCUCUACUUCCUCUCUGAUUCAGAGGGGUUAAGGGUUAAAGGCGGAUUUCAGUUGAAUGCAUUCAGUUGUACAACUGACUAGGUAUCUCCCUUUCCCUAUACACUGAGUGCACAAAACAUUAAGAACACCUUCCUAAUAUUGAAUUGCACCCCCCCUUUUGCCCUCAGAACAGCCUAAAUUCGUUGGGGCAUGGACUCUACAAGGUGUCGAAAGCAUUCCACAGGGAUGCUGGCCCAUGUUGACUCCAAUGCUUCCCACAGUUGUCAAGUUGGCUGGAUGUCCUUUGGGUGGUGGACCAUUCUUGAUCCACACAGGAAACUGUUGAGCGUGAAAAACCAAGCAGCAUUGCAGUUCUUGACACAAACCGGUGCACCUGGCACCUACUACCAUAUCCUGUUCAAAAGGCAUUUAAAUCUUUUGUCUUUCACAUUCACCCUGAAUGGCACACAUACACAAUCCAUGUCUCAAUCUCAAUCCUUCUUUAACCUGUCUCCUCCCCUUCAUCUACACUGAUUUGAAGUGGAUUUAACAAGUGACAUCAAUAAUGUGAUGGAUGACAAGUUAAUGUAUAUGUCAUGGAAAGAGCAAGUGUUGAUAAUGUUUUGUACACUUGGUGUAUAUAAUAGUAUGAUAUCUGUCUGUCUAAUUACCCCUUUCCCUUCUCUCUCUGUCUCUCCAGCCCCAGUCGUAUGACGCGGUUGAGCCGUUGGACCUGGAAGAGUUUCUGAUGUCACAGCUGCGGAGUGGAGACUCCGCCCUCAUGCAGGAGCUUGGAGAUUUCCCUGAUGAUGACCUGGAAGUAGAACUGGUGGAGAAGGAGUGUCGGACCGUACGCCACUCUGUACCAGAGGAGGGGUGGGUCGCAUGGUCACAUGAUCAAUAUAGAAUAAACUCAACCAUACAUGUUACCAGAUGACUUAUGCCUAUCAGAUCCCCACAGAUCUAGGAGAGAGCAGGGAUGGUCUAGAGUUCUGGAUUAGGCAUUGAUUUAAGCCUGGCUAUUAGUCCAAUAGUCCCAGUAACUUUCUCCAUUAUGAACCUAUAUCUGUGUCCAGAUGACGCCCCACCCACUAGUUCCCUAGGUCCCACUAUGAUGGCUUAUCAUGUAAUAGAACAAGCAUACCUCAGAAGGCUAUUACAACCCAAGAGGGUGUGAAAUAGUGAAAAUAUUCUGUCAGUGGUAUCUUAGUGUUUUAGGAUUGUCACUCACCUUGAACAUGAUGGUACAGAUAGUGCUGAUGAGAUAGGAAUGCAGAAUGAGGGAAACAGAUUGUGUGUGCGUAAUGAGUGUGUAUGUGUGUGCUUAACAUCCUUCUCAUUCCCUCUCUGGCCUCCUGUAUUUCUAUAGGGUGGAGUUGGAUUCCCAUGUCAGGGACUGUGUUCAGAGUUACACCCAGCCCUGGCUGAUGGUCAGCAGGAGGUAAGCUUCCUUUGAUCAACUCUUAGACACAUUCAGGGUCUGCUUUCUUUCCUAAUCUCCUUUCCCUUAUGACUACUGACCUGUAAAAUGCUAGAUAUGUGUACGCUAGUGGUCACUAACCCUGGACCUGGAGAGCUACUUGGUGUGCAGGCUUGGGCCAGCAUGUGGCUCAGUCAUCAGGACCAGGGUUGAAGACCACUGGUGCAGACAAUACAGUGGAAACCUAUGCAGUGGUUUAUACAGAGGAAACCUAUGCAGUGGUUUCUUUCUCAGAUGCAGCACCAUAGGUGGGUGUGUGGGUGUCUGUCUGUCUGUCUGUCUGUCUGUCUGUCUGUCUGUCAACAUAGAGAUGUCUGAGAGACCGUGAUAACCCCUCUGUCUAUCUUCACACAUACCACACACUGAUUACUUAUCACAGCCUAGGCCCACUAUCUACUAUUGGUACACACACACACACACUCACACACAGUCUCCUGGUCAGGGUGUUCAUCCACAUCCUGGGGUUCUGUGUGUAUGUGGGGGGUGGAAUACUACAUAUUUUCUGCUCUGAUCAGAUAAAAAUGGCACUGGUUUAUCAGUAACUGUGUGUGUGUGUGUAUGUGUGUGUGUGUGUGUGUGUGUGUGUGUGUGCACGCAGGUGCCAGGGAGAUGGUUGGAGUGCAUAUUCAGAGCGGGCAAGUCUACACAAAACUCUGCAGAAACAGACAUUUGAGUCCGAUGUCCAGCCAGAGAAACUAGAGACACCGGUAAGCACAAAAUAUACACAACAAUGCAUACCCAACAACAACAGCAAAGGGCAUAAAAAAAUAAAUCAGGGUUUGGGUCCAUAAGGAGCAGUUUUGUCAGUCCCAUUGUUAUCAGAGGACCAGAGUGUAUUCAGAGUAUACAGUAGUAGGACAUGCAGGUAUCAGAUCCAAAGAUUACAUUACGGAAGGAAAUAAACAGAGUAACAUGAUACCCUGGGUAUUCUAUCAGAGAAAGAUAACAUGAAACCUGAAUACUAGAGUUGUUUCAAGCUACAUCUCCUGACUCCUCGGAUUGAUAGAUAUAGAUUGUCUUUUAGUUUUAGAAUCUCUGUUCUGGUGAGAAAAUUCUAAUCGGUGUGCAAUGAAAGGAGAGAAAGAAGGAGAGACAAGGAGAGAAAAGGAGAGAGAGAACAGAGAGAGGGAACCAUAGACAGCGAGACAGAGCGAGGGGAGGGAUUGGGCAGCACAACACUGAACACAGAAGUGUUUUUGUUAUUCCUAUGACCUCCAUCCUGGCACCGUCUCCCUCAUGUCUACCCAGCCUGCCCUGCACACAAUGAGACGUGAAUAUUCAUGCAGUCCCCCUCUGCUUCCGACCAGCCCCAGCCAGCAUCCAGCUCUCUGUCCUGCCAAAUCUCCAGCCAGCACCCAGCCAACCCCUGCUCCAGCCCCCUGCUCCAGCCCCCCACCUCUGUCAGUCCAUGGUCCCGAGCUCAAAUCUGGCCCCUGACAGUGAAGUCCAACUCCCAAGUCCCAAGGUCCACCAGCCCCAGCAAGCCCUAGCUAACCCCAGCCUCCAGCCAGUUCUACUGUCUCUCCAGCCAAAUUGUCUUCAGCCCUAGCUCCUCAUCCCCAGCCCCAGGCUCAUUCCCAGCCCCAGGCUCAUUCCCAGCCCCAGGCUCAUCCCCAGCCCCAGGCUCAUCCCCAGCCCCAUCCCCAGCCCCAUCCCCAGCCUCAUCCCCCAGCCUCAUCCCUAGCCCCAUCCCCAGCCCCAGCCCCAGCCCCCAGCCUUACCAAGUCAUAAUCACCCAAACCAAAGGCCCUUGUUCCAGCCGUGUUUUUCCCAUCCGCUCUAGGCCAAAGAGAGAGAGAGGGGAAGAACCGGCCUAUUGUCACUCAGCCUCUAAUGGUCCCCUGCUUCACACUGCAACACUCUGGUGGUCAUUAGCAAGGGUGGGAUAGGGGCACAGCUAAUCAGUGGUGGGGGUGUGGAGGUUAGAUGGAAGAUGGAUGGAUGUUUCCUCUUAAGUUUUAGGAUUGUUGAAGAAGCCAACAUAUUUGAGUAAUUCAAACCAAAUAUUUUAAACCAAAUGAGGCAAAUUUACUGCAGGAUUGCAACAGAGAAGAGGGAUGAAGGGUGAGGGGGUGCUGUGAGGAGGAAGGGGGUUGGUAGGGGUGAUGGUGGUGGUGGUUGAAAGCAGGACACAGCCUGAGAAUCCAGAGCUGUCCAGUCAUGUAGCUCAGUUGGAGUCUAAUUCCAUAUGGACGUAAUACCCCCUGAUUAACUAUGACCUCUCCAUGGUGGUAGGAGGCACCAUUUUACUCAGAAGUUACUGGGCUUCCCUGGAGUUGAAACCCGUUAGUUAUGGAUUCCAUGAGUUUGUCUUGAUUCUCUUGAUGUUCACACACAGUUAAUCACCUAUGGACGUCUUAUCGCUCCACUGCCAUAGCAUAGCAAGUUACCGGCCUAUACACUUAAAGUUCUGCAAUUAUUUGGAACACUGAUUUAGGCCUACAUGCAAUAAACUUUAGUUUGGGAGAAGUAACAUUAUUUUGUUGGGAGAAUUCAACAUUAUUUUGGGAUGUUGUCUCUCUCCCAUCCUCUUCCGACCUCCUCACCCUCCCUGUCCUCCUCUCUCUCCUAAUACCAGUCAUAAUUAUUACAGGUGAAGUCCCCCUCCCUGGCGGUACUGAGUGAUGACUCCAGCAGGACACUGACCUCCUCUGACUUUGACCUCCGCUCUGGUCUGACCCCUGACCCCAGAGUGGAGGGGCUGCUGCACUUCAGUAACCAUGACGACCUGGACAGGUUGAACCAGGAAGCCCGGCAGGGGAACCGCCACCCAGAGCUGUUUGCCCUGUACCCAACCGCCGACGAGGUGAGAGAGGGAGACACACGCAUGAAUACAGUGCAUGCUUCUGUGCAUGCUUGACUUGAAUUGAGUGGCUGGAUCCAUGACAUUCCUCUGGUAUUCCAGGAUGAUGCAGUGGAGAUCCGGCCCAUUCCCGACUGUCCCAAAGAGCACAUGGGAGACAGGAUCAUCAUCCGGUGCCAGGCCAUCAAGUAUGGGAAUUACACUACCUUUCACAGAAGGAAAAUAACUGUAUGCCUCUAGCUAACUAGCUACAUGUAUGUGAGAAUCAACAUAUUGUGUGGGAUAGGGUGGCAGAGGGAGGGGAGGAGUGUAGCCCACAGAAAGUUUGUGUGAGAAGGAGUAGAUUAUCCCACAUUAUGAAUAAUGGGGAAAUGUUCCCUUUCUCUCCCUGUCUUACACUCUUUCUGUGGGCUAGUAUCUCUGUCUGUCUCUCUCGUUCUCGUUCUCUCUCUCUCUGUUCUCUCUCUCUCGCUGUCUCUCUCUUUCUCUGUUUCUGUUCUCUCUCUUUCUGCCUCUCCCACACCAUAAAGCUGCUUUCAGCUAAGUUCUGCAUCAUCUCUAAGCAGUGUUUUGGCAGCUGCCUGUCCCAACUUUCAGUUGGGCUCAUUACUCGAUUGGCUCAGUUCCAAGUCUAAGUGCUAUGCGAGUGCAUGCACCAACAUUUCAUGUUGCUGUUGCAUCUGUUGAGUAUCCUGAGUUGAUAAAUAGAAUCAAAUCAAAUGUAUUCAUCACAUACACAGUUUACAGCAGCUAUAAAAGGUGCAGCGAAAUACUUAUGUGCUAGCUCCCUCAACAAUGCAGAACAUUAUAGAAUAGAAAAAAGGUCAUUAUAUGUCAGGCUUAUUGAUGAUGUUUGCUGGCUGGUCGACACACUGCCGUGAAAUGACAGUCUGAUAUAUUUUCUCCCCUAUCCUCCGUAGGUUUGAGAUUGACAUCGAACCACUGUUUGCUACCCUGGCUCUGUAUGACCUGAGAGAGAAGAAAAAGGUAUGUUUCCUUCUGAAGGGUUUUGUGCUUUUUUAGAAUGCUGUAUUCUUUGGCCCGCUGUGUGUUAUGAGGUCAUGAAGAAUUGCAUGCCUUCAUGUUGUUGAAGCUUGAAGUUGUUGGAGGUUAAUGCGUGUUAAGGACAAGACUCACCAUAGCAAACGUUGGCCGUGCGCAGUAGGUCACGUGCUGCUUGUCGGCGAACAGUGGCGAUUCAACAUGUACAAUCGUCAGGAAAUGAACAGAAAAUGAUGGCCGAUGUUCUGGUCAGUUCGUCGGCACGGUUUGUUUUAUCUUUUAGGUGAUCUCAUGACCAGUGUGUCAGGUUUGUGUUGGUGGUCAGUGAAGUGGUGGAUCAGUGGGAUGUCCCAAGACUUUAGCCACAGUAGACAGAAUGUCCGGAAGCACUGGGACUGAGCAGCUUCUCCAGUAGACCAAUCAUAGCCGUGUUCAUACAAACAACCCAUCUGAUUCACACUGUACUCUCCUAUCCAAACACAACUCUGUUAGCCAAAGCUAGUAGCAUGUGUGUUAUGGACUUGCACAGCUGGAUGGUUUUUGGAUUGAAGUUUUAGGCUUCAAGGGCACCACAUUUGGAUUUGUGCCACUGACCUUUUGGUCAUCUGGCCACACUGCAUCCUGGUUGGGCAGUCUGAAAGUGUUACGGUCUUUUUGUACUGCUUUUCCCUUUAUUAUGCACUGGGAACCAGGUGAUGCUGUUCUCCAUAAUAUCCAUAGGGCAAAAUGUGUUAUUGUGGAGGUUAACACUCUAACACUCCUCCUUAUUGAAUUCAUUAGAGGAGGAGGCAGAUGGGCCUGAAAAAGGCACCAUGUUGUAGGCCAAUGAAACAUCCCUCUGUUAUGAACCAGGAUGACAUACUGUCCAGCAUGUUGAACUAAUUACACUUGACAUGACUCAAUCUGGAACAGAGGGGUUUGGUGACUGAGGUUCUGUCUCUCUCUCUGUCUCUCUCUCUCUCUGUCUGUCCCUGUGUCUGUCCCUGUCUGUCUGUAUUUCCCUCUCUAUCUAUCUCUCUCUCUCUUUCUGUCUCUGUCCCUCUAUUUCUCUCUUUGUCCCUCUAUUUCUCUCUUUCACCAUCUCUCUACUGUUUCUAUGCAGUGAAAUGCAGUGUUGUAAUGCGGUUUUGGUUUCACAUCUGGGAAAUAUGCAGCAGAUGUUGAUAUAAUUCCUUGGAAACAUUUCUCUAAUCCUGUCCUGCUCUGACCGACUGACAGAGGGUUACAGUACACACUACCAAAACCAUGGGUAUAUGAAAGAUUAUUACAGCGAAGAUGGUUAUGAUUAUUAGGCCUACCAGGGUGUGUGUAUUGUAGGCCUACAGUAGAAAUAUUAUCAUACUAAUCAUGGUGCAUACAGGGGAUUGUGAGGUUUAUGCCAGAUGUUUAGAACACAGCCAGCAAUCAUCAGCUGUGCUGCAUUUCAUCAAAAUUAAAAUGAAGUCCUGUGGAACUCUUGGCUUUUUAAAGUUAACACACUGCUAUGCUGUCACUAUGUAGACCACAUGAACUGUUGAAAUGUGAAGUGUUGACCCAAAUAUACGCACACACACACAAACUUCCCCACCCAACACAUUUAGAACUGUCACUCUCUUCUGACUGCUUGAGAUUAAACUUGAGAGACUGAGGAAGAAAUCCAUGCUGUGUUAGGUUGUGUGCCAGCAGCAGCAUCAGUCCUGCUAUGAAGUGUUAAAGACUGUUGUAGAGGACUCAUAUUGUGACAUGUGCAAUGAGGAAGUUGUAAAUUGGUUGGUAAUGGGACCUCACAUGACACUCACAGCAUACAGGGUCACCGUAGGGUCAUCCUCUUCUCAGGACACAGUCACAAGGGAGGAGCCAUAGAAACAGAGGCUCUUUCUCAAUUUGUCUUUCCUCGAUUCGUUACACCCUCUCUCCUUGCCUCCUUCUCAAAGCGUAUUGGACGAAGAGAUCCUAUGUCCAUCCCCUCUAACCUUUUUUCCUCUAAUGAAUUUUGAGAAGGAGGUAGGUGAUGAGAGAGGACGUGAGGAAUCAAGGAAAGAUUAAUUAAGAAAGAGACAGAAUGUAAGGACAUCACUUUGAGACAUUACAUUCACUGAAAACACUUUAUGUGAAAUCUCUGCCUGGGACAGUUAGCAUGUCAUAUCUAUGACAGUGUUAUGUAGGCUGUAUGCUGUAUGAUGAUGGGUACAUGUAAAGUGUUACGAAACAUUUAAUAAUGACACAGCUGAGAAAUAAUCUCAACUCAUUAUGUAGCCUUUAUAAGGCUUUAUAAAUGCAUUCAUAAGGACACUUACAGUAAAGUGUUCCAUAACUUCGUAUCCAGAAUACCACAGUAAUGUUGUUUGGUUAUUGCUAGAGCCAGUGUACUGUCUGUGGUAUUAUAGUAGGGCCAGAGUACUGUCUGUGGUAUUAUAGUAGGGCCAGAGUACUGUCUGUGUUGUAUUAUAGUAGGGCCAGAGUACUGUCUGUGGUAUUAUAGUAGGGCCAGAGUACUGUAUGUGGUAUUAUAGUAGGGCCAGAGUACUGUCUGUGUUGUAUUAUAGUAGGGCCAGAGUACUGUCUGUGGUAUUAUAGUAGGGCUAGAGUACUGUCUGUGUGGUAUUAUAGUAGGGCCAGAGUACUGUCUGUGUUGUAUUAUAGUAGGGCCAGAGUACUGUCUGUGGUAUUAUAGUAGGGCCAGAGUACUGUCUGUGGUAUUAUAGUAGGGACAGAGUACUGUCUGUGGUAUUAUAGUAGGGCCAGAGUACUGUCUGUGGUAUUAUAGUAGGGCCAGAGUACUGUCUGUGGUAUUAUAGUAGGGCCAGAGUACUGUCUGUGGUAUUAUAGUAGGGCCAGAGUACUGUCUGUGGUAUUAUAGUAGGGCCAGAGUACUGUCUGUGGUAUUAUAGUAGGGCUAGAGUACUGUCUGUGUGGUAUUAUAGUAGGGCCAGAGUACUGUCUGUGUGGUAUUAUAGUAGGACCAGAGUACUGUCUGUGUGGUAUUAUAGUAGGACCAGAGUACUGUCUGUGGUAUUAUAGUAGGGCUAGAGUACUGUCUGUGUGGUAUUAUAGUAUGGCCAGAGUACUGUCUGUGGUAUUAUAGUAGGGCCAGAGUACUGUCUGUGGUAUUAUAGUAGGGCCAGAGUACUGUCUGUGGUAUUAUAGUAGGCCCAGAGUACUGUCUGUGGUAUUAUAGUAGGGCCAGAGUACUGUCUGUGGUAUUAUAGUAGGGCCAGAGUACUGUCUGUGGUAUUAUAGUAGGGCCAGAGUACUGUCUGUGGUAUUAUAGUAGGGCCAGAGUACUGUCUGCGGUAUUAUAGUAGGGCCAGAGUACUGUCUGUGGUAUUAUAGUAGGGCCAGAGUACUGUCUGUGGUAUUAUAGUAGGGCCAGAGUACUGUCUGUGGUAUUAUAGUAGGGCCAGAGUACUGUCUGUUGUAUUAUAGUAGGGCCAGAGUACUGUCUGUUGUAUUAUAGUAUGGCCAGAGUACUGUGUUUUGUAUUAUAGUAGGGCCAGAGUACUGUCUGUGGUAUUAUAGUAGGGCCAGAGGACUGUCUGUGAUAUUAUAGUAGGGCCAGAGUACUGUCUGUUGUAUUAUAGUAGGGCCAGAGUACUGUCUGUGGUAUUAUAGUAGGGCCAGAGUACUGUCUGUUGUAUUAUAGUAGGGCCAGAGUACUGUCUGUGGUAUUAUAGUAUGGCCAGAGUACUGUGUUUUGUAUUAUAGUAGGGCCAGAGUACUGUCUGUGGUGUUAUAGUAGGGCCAGAGUACUGUCUGUGUGGUAUUAUAGUAGGGCCAGAGUACUGUCUGUGUGGUAUUAUAGUAGGGCUAGAGUACUGUCUGUGUGGUAUUAUAGUAGGGCCAGUGUACUGUCUGUGUGGUAUUAUAGUAGGGCCAGAGUACUGUCUGUGUGGUAUUAUAGUAGGGCCAGAGUACUGUCUGUGUGAUGGUUAUUUAGAGUAGAGCUCUCAGCUGGGUGAGGGAGUGGGUUCAACAGCACUCUGUAUGGAGACCAGUCUCGAAUAUAACAUGUGUCAGAAGCCUGUCGGACACAAACCAGCUGGAACGUAGGAUGAGGAAAAAGGCCCGUGUCCCAAUACUAAUUCCUCUACUGGAAUUAGAUCAUUAGGGCACACCGUAGCAAAACGUUUUGCAUUGGAAACUGUAAAUGAGCGUUUCUUAUUGAACAAGUUCAGGUAGUCUCCCCCGUAUUUCUGUCAAUUUUCUUCCAGUUGGUGCCUCUCUAGCCAUAUUAUCUACCAUGAGAUAAAUGGGAUGAAUGGACACUCAUGUAAUCCACCACUAAGGUCAACUCUAACACUAACCCUCUCUGUUUGACUUCCUCAGAUAUCCGAGAACUUCUACUGUGAUCUGAACUCAGACCAGUUUAAAGGGUUCCUGAAAUCCCACACGCCACAGACGGACCACUCCACCCUCUCCCGAGCAGCCAUCUUCUCCAUCACAUACCCCUCCCCAGACAUCUACCUGGUCAUCAAGGUAAGAUACGCAUCUCAUCUACCUGCACCUAUCUACAGUACCUGCUCAUUCAGGUAAUACACACGUCUGUACGGCACCUACCGUAUCUACAGUUGCUACACUAUAGAACUAAAUAUAUACCACUUAAUAGAGGCUUUUAUCCAAAGCAACUGAACAGUAGUGCACUUCAUGCAUACAUUUUCAUAUGGUUGGCCCCAGCUGGAAUUGAACCCACGACCCUGACGUAUGUACCUCCUCACACGUAUUACCUAUGGUGCCACUAUCAAUCUGUGUGUUAAGGUAGCAUACAGUAGGUAACUCUCCAUAGACCCCUGUGGCGCAGUGGUCUAAGGCACUGUAUUGCAGUGCUAGCUGUGCCACUAGAGAUCCUGGUUCGAAUCCACAAUUGGCCCAGCGUCGUCCAGGAUAGGGGAGGGAAUGGCCGGCAGGGAUGUAGCUCAGUUGGUUGUCAGUGGGUUCGUUUCCCACGGGGGGCCAGUAAAAAAGAAUAAUAUAUAUAUAUAUAUAUAUACAGUGCCCUCCACUAUUAUUGGCACCCCUGUUUAAGAUGUGGUCGAGGACUUCCAAAAAUUUUCCUUUUUUUUAAACAACAUAGAACCCAAAUGCAAAAAAAGAGAAAAAUCCAACCUUUUAUUUAAGUACAUUACUUUGGUGGUAAAAAUAAAAAUCACAUAUUUAGAAAGAAAAAAAACUUGAAAUCAUGUGUCCCACAAUUAUUGGCACCCCUAACAAUUCCGCUGAAAAUUUUAAUUGAAUUUUUAAAAAAUAUAUUUUUCUGUAGUUGCUAAAGUUGGUCAGGGUAUCUAGGAACUUUUAAUUAGUAAUUCAUGACUUCCUGUUUCCCUGGGGUAUAAAUAUGACGUGACACAGAGGCCUAAUUCUCUUACCCAUUUGUCAACAUGGCAAAGACAAGAGAACACACCAUUCAAGUAAGGCAGAUUUGUGUCGACCUUCAUAAGUCAGGCAAUGGCUACAAGAAAAUAGCCACUCGCCUUAACUUGCCCGUAUCUACAGUCAGAGGAAUCAUUAAGAAGUUUAAAACAACUGGAACAGUGACAAACAAGGCUGGAAGAGGUCCCAAGUUUAUCUUGCCACAACGCACAGUGAGGAGGAUGGUAAGAGAAGUAAAAAAAAGUCCUAAGCUCACUGUCACAGAAUUGCAUCAAAGAGUGGCAUCUUGGGGUCACAAAGUCUCCAAAACAACCAUCAGACGUUCUCUACAUGCCAACAAGCUGUUUGGGAGGCAUGCAAGGAAAAAGCCUUUUCUCACUAACACUCACAAACGUAAACGUCUGGAGUUUGCUAAGCGGCACUGGGACUUCAACUGGGAUCGUGUGCUUUGGUCAGAUGAGACUAAGAUUGAGCUUUUUGGCAACAAACACUCUAAGUGGGUCUGGCGUAAAACAAAAGAUGAGUAUGCCGAAAAGCACCUCAUGCCCACCGUGAAGUAUGGUGGAGGAUCUGUGAUGCUGUGGGCCUGUUUCUCUUCCAAAGGCCCUGGGAACCUUGUUAGGGUGCAUGGCAUUAUGAACGCUUUGAACUACCAGGACAUUUUAAAUAAAAACCUGAUUGCCUCUGCCAGAAAGAUGAAGAUGGGUCGUCAUUGGGUCUUUCAGCAGGAUAAUGAUCCAAAACAUGUGGCAAAAUCUACACAAAAAUGGUUCAGCAGUCACAAACUCAAGGUCCUCCCAUGGCCAUCUCAGUCCCCAGACCUCAACCCAAUCGAAAACCUGUGGGGCGAGCUAAAGAGGAGAGUGCAUAAGAGAGGACCCAGGACACUGGAUGAUUUAGAAAGAUUGUGCAAAGAAGAAUGGUCAAAGAUCCCUCUCUCUGUGUUCUCCAAUCUUGUGAAAUGUUAUAGGAGGAGAUUAAGUGCUGUCUUGUUGGCAAAAGGUGGUUGUACAAAGUAUUAACAUCAGGGGUGCCAAUAAUUGUGGGACACAUGAUUUCAAGUUAUUUUUUUUCUAAAUGUGUGAUUUUUUUUUUUUACACCAAAGUAAUGUACUUAAAUAAAAGGUUGGAUUUUUCUCUUUUUUUGCAUUUGGGUUCUAUGUUGUUUAAAAAAAAAGGAGAAUUUUUGGAAGUCCUCGACCACAUCUUAAACAGGGGUGCCAAUAAUUGUGGAGGGCACUGUAUAUAUAUAUAUAUAAAAAAGAAUAAUGUAUGCACUCACUAACUGUAAGUCGCUCUGGAUAAGAGCGUCUGCUAAAUGACUAAAAUGUAAAAGUAAAAAUGUGUACAGUAUUAGCUUGGUCAGUGAUGUACCUCUGUGUCCUGGCUGUGUUUCAGUGAUGUACCUCUGUGUCCUGGCUGUGUUUCAGUGAUGUACCUCUGUGUCCUGGCUGUGUUUCAGUGAUGUACCUCUGUGUCCUGGCUGUGUUUCAGUGAUAUACCUCUGUGUCCUGGCUGUGUUUCAGUGAUGUACCUCUGUGUCCUGGCUGUGUUUCAGUGAUGUACCUCUGUGUCCUGGCUGUGUUUCAGUGAUGUACCUCUGUGUCCUGGCUGUGUUUCAGUGAUGCACCUCUGUGUCCUGGCUGUGUUUCAGUGAUAUACCUCUGUGUCCUGGCUGUGUUUCAGUGAUGUACCUCUGUGUCCUGGCUGUGUUUCAGUGAUAUACCUCUGUGUCCUGGCUGUGUUUCAGUGAUAUACCUCUGUGUCCUGGCUGUGUUUCAGUGAUGCACCUCUGUGUCCUGGCUGUGUUUCAGUGAUGUACCUCUGUGUCCCGGCUGUGUUUCAGAUAGAGAAGGUGCUGCAGCAGGGAGAGAUCAGUGACUGUGCGGAACCAUACAUGGUCAUGAAGGAUACUGACUCAGCAAAGGUAGAGCGCCAUGAGGGGACACACACACACACACACACAGACACACACACACACACACACACACACACAGACACACACACACACACACACACACACACACAGACACACACACACACACACACACACACACACACACACACACACACACACACACAGACACACACACACACACACACAGACACACACACACACACACACAGCUAUAGGUUGUAAUUGUGGUUCUGUGUGGUUCCCUGGGUCAGAACAAGGAGAAGCUGGAGAAGCUGCGAAAUCAGUCUGAGACGUUCUGUCAGAGACUUGGUCGUUACCGCAUGCCCUUUGCCUGGGCUACGGUCAACAUCAUGAACGUCAUCAGCACCGCCACACUGGACCGAGACACCUCCGACUCUGACAGCCUCAACGGUCUGUGUGUGUGUGUGAUAAGCUGGUUAACUCUUGAACUGAUGAGCACAAGGCUUGUUUAAUCUUACUUUACUUUUCUGCACCUGACUUGACUGACUUGUCAUGGUUCACCUCACCUCCCCUGUCCAGGUAAAUCCAGCAGUCUGGAUAAGAGAGGUCAGUUGCCAAGGAGGAACUCGGAGAGGUUCGGUACCAUGGAAGACCAGUGUAACCUGUCUGCCUUCAAACCUGCCACCAUCACCAUCAGCACCUUCUGCAAACAGGUCUGGACACAUGCACUAGAGAAAACAACACACACACUACAAUAUAAACAUCGAUCCAGCGACAUAAGCAUCGCUAUGCUCAGAGAAGGUCUUAGUCAGAGAAUGCUUGACGCUGUGGGUAUCACCUUGAGACAAGGCAUUCUUUCAUUCCACACAUAAUCCACAGAGCAGACACGUGAUAAGACCUGGCCAUAUAUAACCAGGUAUCAAGUACACAUACCAUACAUUCUCCAUACUUGGCAUCGCACAGCAAGGGUGCAUUUUUCCAUCCUACUAGCAACUGUGGAUAAGCCCAAGAAUUGGUCCCACAAGAACACUUAGAGUUGCAGUGCUCAAUAUAUCACUUUCAUAUGUGAAGUUGUUGGAAAAGAUGAAAGAUGUCCUCUGUGCAACACUGCAUAUUCACAAUGUUGAAUUCUGAGGUGUUCAGAGACAUUAUGUCACUGUAUCUUGUACACAUGAACACAAAGACAUGUUCAUUUGACUGAACUGGACCCUGCUCUGUUUAAGGAGGGGGACCGUCUGAGUGAUGAGGACCUGUUUAAGUUCCUGGCAGACAUCAAGAAGUUCUCAUCCCUGCAGAGAAGAAUUAAAACCAUACCAGGUGAUCCGCUAUUCAACCACACAGCAAGACCUGGCUGUCUGUGUAUGCUGUUUCAUUCCAUUCAACCCAACAACAAGUGACUAGAAUGUCCCAUUUCUAAGAACAAGUGUAUAUGUUAUGCCUGGGUUUAUGUGUUUAAGUGACUCCAUGCAUUUAAAAUAGCUGAAUGGGCUAUUCUGUAUAAUUCAGAAUCAAUUGCUUACAGUGGUGAAAACCUGUGGGACUGAAACCUUCCUAUACUUACGCCCUACUUUGGAAUAAUUCUGAAUUAACAUAGUUUGAGACUGUAUUUGACUUAUUUUUGACUUGAUCUAUUUUAGGUACAAUAAAACUGGAUGUGACCCCGGUCCAUGAGAACCCAGUGGCCUGUCUGUCUACUGAGCUGAUCCCAGUCAAACCACUGGCUGAGAAGAACAUCCGACCUGUCAAAGAGGUGUUGGAGUUCCCCUCCAGCGAGGUCUAUGUUCCACACAGCACUUACAGGUGAGCACACACAUACACACACACACACUGCACAACAGCAUUUACAGGUUAGUUCACUCACUCAAUCCUCCUGAAACCACUUUUUGAAUAUUGCAUAUCCUGCUCAUUCUCCUCAAAGCUCACUUGGUCGCUUCAUUAUCGGUGGAUAUAGCCUUUAGCGUUACAGACCGCAUGUAUUUACCAUAGCACAUACAGUUGAAGUCGGAAGUUUACAUACACUUAGGUUGGAGUCAUUAAAACUGUUUUUUCAACCACUCCACAAAUGUCUUGUUAACAAACUAUAGUUUUGGCAUGUCGGUUAGGAUAUCUACUUUGUGCAUGACACAAGUCAUUUUUCCAACAAUUGUUUACAGACAGAUUAUUUCACUUAUAAUUCACUAUCACAAUUCCAGUGGGUCAGAAGUUUACAUACAGUGAGGGAAAAAAGUAUUUGAUCGCCUGCUGAUUUUGUACGUUUGCCCACUGACAAAGAAAUGAUCAGUCUAUAUUCUGCCCUGGAAUUGCGUUCCCGUGCAAAACUAGACAGAUAGCUAACAACUGAGUCUUCAAUAAAACUUCCAAGGCGUGACUUUUCUUGAACGAAUGUAUUGAAAACGUUUAUGUUGUGAAACUGCAAAUACAGAAAAUAAUAUACUUUAGUAUUCAAUUCACAUUGACAUACUGUAGCUGUACAUUAUACAUUUCAAGUUGAAGUUGCAUAAAUACAAAGCAAGUGCCAAGUUACCAUAUAUCUGGCAUGACGACAAACCAAAUAGAUAAUUACUCUGAGUAACAACUAGCCAACUCCUUUCAUUACUCUAAUAAUGUACAAACACCUCUGUACAAUAACAAAGCAUAUUACACUAGAAACAGUAACAAACUAUAGUAUGUUUUACACUUCUUUUACAUGAUGCACGAGCAAACUAAUACAGCUAACGGCAUCCAUGAAAGUCAAUGCAAUUUGCGUGAGUAAAUGUAACCAACUAACAUUGAUAAGUAAGCAAUUCUGUCAAUAACAAUAUUAUCAUCACUUGCAAUAUGCUUGAAUUGAACUUACAAACAAAUAUUUUCUGAGGCUGAAGCGUAACAAGAAAUAGUUGCACUGAAAGAACUGUACAGUAGCAUUGUUUCUAGCUGCUUGUCUGCGUGCAGAAUGACUACUUUACUUCCGGUUUUUGUACAUUAUUCUAAGUACCAGAAAGCUCCACUAGAGGGCGCUAAACACCAUGGAACACAAUGAAAGUCACUCUUAAUCACUAUAAUAAAAUAAUCUGUUACCUUCUAACAAGAUGGCAGCACAGUCUAUAAUUUUAAUGGUAGGUUUAUUUGAACAGUGAGAGACAGAAUAACAACAAAAAAAUCCAGAAAAACAUUAUAAAUUGAUUUGCAUUUUCAUGAAGGAAAUAAGUAUUUGACCCCCUCUCAAUCAGAAAGAUUUCUGGCUCCCAGGUGUCUUUUAUACAGGUAACGAGCUGAGAUUAGGAGCACACUCUUAAAGGGAGUGCUCCUAAUCUCAGAUUGUUACCUGUAUAAAAGACACCUGUCCACAGAAUAAAUCAAUCAAUCAGAUUCUAAACUCUCCACCAUGGCCAAGACCAAAGAGCUCCCAAGGAUGUCAGGGACAAGAUUGUAGACCUACACAAGGCUGGAAUGGGCUACAAGACCAUCGCCAAGCAGCUUGGUGAGAAGGUGACAACAGUUGGUGCGAUUAUUCGCAAAUGGAAGAAACACAAAAUAACUGUCAAUCUCCCUCGGCCUGGGGCUCCACGCAAGAUCUCACCUCGUGGACUUGCAAUGAUCAUGAGAACGGUGAGGAAUCAGCCCAGAGGAUCUUGUCAAUGAUCUCAAGGCAGCUGGGACCAUAGUCACCAAGAAAACAAUUGGUAACACACUACGCCGUGAAGGACUGAAAUCCUGCAGCGCCCGCAAGGUCCCCCUGCUCAAGAAAGCACAUAUACAGGCCCGUCUGAAGUUUGCCAAUUAACAUCUGAAUGAUUCAGAGGAGAACUGGGUGAAAAUGUUGUGGUCAGAUGAGACCAAAAUGGAGCUCUUUGGCAUCAACUCAACUCGCCGUGUUUGGAGGAGGAGGAAUGCUGCCUAUGACCCCAAGAACACCAUCCCCACUGCUUUGGGGGUGUUUUUCUGCUAAGGGGACAGGACAACUUCACCGCAUCAAAGGGAGGAUGGACGGGGCCAUGUACCGUCAAAUCUUGGUGAGAACCUCCUUCCCUCAGCCAGGGCAUUGAAAAUGGGUCGUGGAUGGGUAUUCCAGCAUGACAAUGACCCAAAACACACGGCCAAGGCAACAAAGGAGUGGCUCAAGAAGAAGCACAUUAAGGUCCUGGAGUGGCCUAGCCAGUCUCCAGACCUUAAUCCCAUAGAAAAUCUGUGGAGGGAGCUGAAGGUUCGAGUUGCCAAACGUCAGGCACAAAACUUUAAUGACUUGGAGAAGAUCUGCAAAGAGGGGUGGGACAAAAUCCCUCCUGAGAUGUGUGCAAACCUGGUAGCCAACUACAAGAAACGUCUGACCUCUGUGAUUGCCAACAAGGGCUUUGCCACCAAGUACUAAGUCAUGUUUUGCAGAGGGGUCAAAUACUUUUUUCCCUCAUUAAAAUGCAAAUCAAUUUAUAACAUUUCUGACAUGUUAUUCUGUCUCUCACUGUUCAAAUAAACCUACCAUUAAAAUUAUAGACUGAUCAUGUCUUUGUUUGUGGGCAAACGUACAAAAUCAGCAGGGGAUCAAAUACUUUUUUCCCUCACUGUACACUAAGUUGACUGUGCCUUUUAAACAGCUUGGAAAAUUCCAGAAAAGGAUGUCAUGGCUUUAGAAGCUUCUGAUAGGCUAAUUGACAUCAUUUGAGUCAAUUGGAGGUGUACCUGUGGAUGUAUUUCAAGGCCUACCUUCAAACUCAGUGCCUCUUUGCUUGACAUCAUGGGAAAAUCAAAAGAAAUCAGCCAAGACCUCAGAAAAAAAAAUGGUAGACCUCCACAAGUCUGGUUCAUCCUUGGGAGCAAUUUCCAAAUGCCUGAAGGUACCAUGUUCAUCUGUACAAACAAUAGUACGCAAGUAUAAACACCAUGGGACCACAUAGCCGUCAUACAGCUCAGGAAGGAGACGUGUUCUGACUCCUAGAAAUUAACGUACUUUGGUGCAAAAAGUGCAAAUCGAUCCCAGAACAACAGCAAAGGACCUUGUGAAGAUGCUGGAGGAAACAGGUACAAAAGUAUCUAUAUCCACAGUAAAACGAGUCCUAUAUCGACAUAACCUGAAAGGCCGCUCAGCAAGGAAGAAGUCACUGCUCCAAAACUGCCAUAAAAAAGCCAGACUACGGUUUGCAACUGCACAUGGGGACAAAUAUCAUACUUUUUGGAGAAAUGUCCUCUGGUCUGAUGAAACAAAAAUAGAACUGUUUGGCCAUAAUGACCAUUGUUAUGUUUGGAGGAAAGGGGGAAGGCUUGCAAGCCGAAGAACACCAUCCCAAACGUGAAGCACGGGGGUGGCAGCAUCAUGCUGUGGGGGUGCUUUGCUGCAGGAGGGACUGGUGCACUUCACAAAAUAGAUGGCAUCAUGAGGAAGGAAAAUUAUGUGGAUAUAUUGAAGCAACAUCUUAAGUGUAUUCUGUCUCCAUGCUAAGGUACUUAACACAGCACAUAAUGUAGCUUCAGGCCUUUUCCAUUGACAUUGUAAACAGGUUUGCUGGGUCUUUUUCAACCAGUCUGACCUGACACAACCUCCAAUGCUGUCAACACUUCACUCCUUCCUCCUCGCUAGAUGAAGGGUGUGUCCCAAAUGGCACCCUAUUCCCCAUAGGGCUCUGGCCAAAAGUAGUGCACUAUAUAGCGAACAGGGUCCAUUUGGGAGAUAGCCUAAGAGUGUGUCUCCUGUCUCAGGACAGAUGACUACAUUGUUUUUAAUCUCACACUAAUGUUCACACCACAUUUGGAUUGUUGGUAAGACGCUAGUUUUCAGGCCCACGCAGUGUAUUGUGUAAUAUCAUGCAUUUGUUAGCUGAACAGGGUCUGAUCUACAUUUUACAUUUAGCAGACGCUCUUAUCCAGAGCGACUUAGUUCGUGAGUGCAUACAUUUUCAAACUGCCCCCCCGUGGGAAUCGAACCCACAACCCUGGCGUUGCAAGCGCCAUGCUCUACCAACUGAGCUACACGGGGGGACUAAUGGUGUAGUAUGGAUGUGCAGGCUCAGGCAGUCUAACUCUGAGUAGGAGUGGUGGUGCUGGUGCACUAUGGUCAUAUCCUGACCACCUGACCAGGAAGAACUCUGGGCACUAACCUUUAGCAGGCUAUACGCAGGGCUUGGGCUGCGUCCCUUUAAUAUCUCCUUUCUCCUGAAGUGUGCAGUCAUUCACUACUUCCCACAAAUAUAAAGCAUUAGAUUCUUGGAGGCAUGGACUAGUGGGAGUUUCCACCAUAUUUCUUAUACCAGUCAUUUUGUUUUAGAAUCAGUGAAGGGAAUUGAACAAGUGCACACCUUGGGAGGAAGGAGAGAUAAUGAGUUUCUACUUACUGUGUCACCUGGAACUCUCUUAAAUUACCACAUCAUUCCUUUCAUCAUUAGGAAGUAAUGUGAGUAUGUGCAGGAAACAGAAAAAUAACAAUUUCUCUCCCCCCCCCCCCCCCCCCCCCCCCCUCCAGGAACCUGCUCUAUGUGUACCCCCAGCGACUCAACUUUGUCAACAGGCUGACAUCAGGAGGAAGGAACAUCACCAUUAAAAUCCAGUUUAUGAGCGGAGAAGACCCCAGCUGUGUGAUGCCUGUGAGUUUCUCACACACAAACACACACAGUCUUGGGGACACAAUUCAGUCCCAUUCAAAAUCCUAUUUUUCCUAACCCUAAACAUAACCUUAAGCCUAAACCUAAUUCUAACACUAAUUCUAACCUUAACCCUAAGCACCCUAGAAAUAGCAUUUGACCUUGUGGGGACUAAGAAAAUGACCCUAGUUGGUCAAAUCUUUGUUUGUUUACUAUUCUUGUGGAGACUUCUGGUCCCCACAAGUAUAGUUAAACACGUCCACACGCGCGAGCGCGCACACACACACACACACACACACACACACACACACACACACACACACACACACACACACACACACACACACACGGUGUUCACCCACGUCACUGUGACAUUGUACAACAUGGUUUUAUAGAUUUUACUCUGCUUUCUUUUUCCUCAUAGGUCAUUUUUGGAAAAUCGAAUGGUCCUGAGUUUGUGCAGGAAGUAUACACCCCAGUCACGUACCAUAACAAGCAAGUGGAUACUAUUUUAAAUAGUAAAUGCUAAAUUACAAUAACACAACUAUGGCAUGACAUGCUACAUAUAUAACGAUCAUAUAUAUUUUUUGUGUUCUCUCUGUCCUGUGUGACUCUGCCUCAGGUCUCCAGACUUCUAUGAGGAGGUGAAGAUGGCUCUGCCUGCCAGGCUGACUGAGAGACACCACCUGUUGUUCACGUUCUACCACAUCAGCUGUCAACAGAAACAGAACCAGACAGGAGCCAGUGAGGCACUCAUAGGAUACUCUGUAAGUUUGACCCCUCAUGCCUGGUCUCCUCAGAGUGGGAGUGCUGAUCUAGGAUCAGGUUCCCCUGUCCAUGCAAUCUUAUUCAUUGUGAUCUAAAAGGCUAAACUGAUCCUAGAGCAGCACUCUUACUCUGAGACAUAAUGGCGGCGUUUACACAGGCAGCCCAAUUUUGGUCUUUCGCCCGAUUAUUGGUAAAAAAUCUGAUCUGAUUGGUCAAAAGAGCAAUGAUUGGCAAAAUAUCAGAAUUAGGCUGCCUGUGUAAACCUGUCUUUAUGAAUAUGGGCCCUGGUCUCAUCUGGUCUGGAUCAGUCUAUGAUCUGGCCUAGUUCAGAUCAGUUUCACUCCACACUGGUUUCAUAUGGUCUGAGAUGAACGUGCAGAUACUCUACUGAACAUGGCGCUGGACUGAAAAGUUGAAUCAUGGUUAUUUAUGAUCAAUCUACCAGUAAGUGAUUCUCCUCAAUGAUGUGGAGAGGUAGAUGCGUCUCCAGUAUGUAUCCGUCCAUGGUCAAUGUUUCCUGUGGCUGAUCUUCUGUCUAUCCCCUGGUAUAUUGUAGUGGCUGCCUAUACUGAGUACUGACAGACUACAGACGGGUCAGUACUGCAUCCCCAUCGCCCUGGACAGAUUGCCUGUCAACUACUCAAUGCACUCACCUGAGGUAACCAUUCAUUUGGCCAUUUCAAUUAUCCAGACAACAGUUGAAAUUAAGUUGUAUCACUAAAAUGUAAAGAGGGGAGAGGCUCCCCCUUGUGGAGAGAAUGUCAGUUACAUUUAUUUUUCAUUAAUAGGUUGAUUUACUGACUUAUUGAUUGGGUUUAGAUGGCAACAGACAUUAUAUUUCUUUAGCACAAAGUACAAGGCAUGUGAAUAGGCUCAGAAUGACUUAAUAUGUCAAUGUCUCUCUCUGCAGAAGAUUCUCCCUCAGGUUCUUGAUAUGUCUCUCGCUCUCUCUCUCUCUCUCUCUCUAUCUCGCUCUCUCUCUCUUCCCUCUCUCUCUCUCUCUCUCUCUCUCUCUCUCUCUCUCUCUCUCUCUCUCUCUCUCUCUCUCUCUCUCUCUCUCUCUCUCCCUCUCUUUCUGCAGAAGAUUUUCCCUCAGGUUCUCAAUAUGUCAAUGUCUCUGUCUCUCGCUCUCUCUCUCUCGCUCUCUCUCUCUCUGCAGAAGAUUCUCCUUCAGGUUCUUAAUAUGUCAAUCUCUCUCUCUGCAGAGGAUUCCCCCUCAGGUUCCUCCAGUCAAGUGGAUGGAAAGUCACAAAGGAGUGUUCAACCUGGAGAUACAGGCUGUGUCCUCAGUACACACACAGGUGAGUCUACCACACACACACACAUACACACACACACACACACACACACACACACACACACUUUAUUUAUUCAUUUAUUUACCGAACCCCAGGACAACCACUUGGAGCGUUUCUUCACAUUGUGCCAUGCCCUGGAAGGCGGAGUGAUGUUCCCGCUCCGGGUUCGGGAAGAGAAGAUUCCGGAGAACAAGCUGGAGCACGAGCUGAAGCUGAGCAUCAUCUCCCUGUCCUCUUCUAGACUGGAACCUCUGGUCCUCUACCUCCAUCUGGUCUUAGAUAAACUAUUCACCCUCAUCAUGCAGCCCAUGGUCAUCGCUGGACAGACAGGUAUCUAUAGGGACAUGUCACCAGGACUUUCAGACAGACAGGUAUCUAUAGGGACAUGUCACCAGGGCUUUCAGACAGACAGGUACCCAGUGGGACAUCACCUGGGAUUUCUGACAUACUGGUAGAGCAAGACAGGUACUCCACUGGUAGGACAGACAAGUAGUGUGAGAGUUUACCUGAUAUGUUUGACCUGUGUUGUGUUAACCGUGCGUGUGUUUAUUUCCUAGCCAACCUGGCCCAGAUAGCAUUUGAGUCGGUGGUGUCCAUCGUCAACAGUCUCCACAACAGCCAGGAGCUGGCCAGGGACCAGCAGGGCAGGAACGGUCUCCUAGCAACAUACCUGUACUGGGUGUUCCGUCUACCUGACUCCCAUGAGCUCCUCAACACAGGUAGGAAGGAACCACCGGACACGUUAUCAUGGUGAUGUAACUGUAUGGGCAGUCUUACUUGUGAAGAGAAUGGACAUAGUCUUAUUUGCGCAACAAGAAUGUGCUCAGCUGAGCACAGUAACUGUAGAUAAGUUACAUGAAACAGAAGUCAUUGAAAUAUACAAUUCUGUAGAACUGCAGGUAUGUGCAACCUAAAGUAAAGUGUAACCAGGUAGAUCAUGCCAGUGACAAGGUUCUCAAAAGAGGACCGUCGUGCUCUCCCAAAAGUUUGGUUGGUGCGUAAAACCUGUGAAUCCAGAUAAGCCAAAAAGUGAAUCCGCACACAAAAAGAUGUUGCAUAAAGCUGACUUAAUUUAGUUUUUUAAAUGAAUUUUUACUGCAUCAGGAUAGCGUACAUAGACAUUUCGACUUAAUAGCCUUCUUCAGUGUGUAGGUAAAGUGUGGCGUCCAGGUAGGUCAUCCUAGUCAUAUGGUUCUCCCCUGUUUGUGUCUGUGUCCAGGUCCAGGGGGGGUGGUACCUCCCACUGAGGGCCGCUACAGUACUAUGGGGCGAGCCUCAGCCACCACAGUAGGAACCAUGUUACUGCAGUCCCGGAUCCGCAGCAGCAGCAACCCUGAUAUCCCUGCCCCACACAGUGCAGAGGACACAGAGGUCAAAAACAUCCUGUCAGCUAAGGUACUGCUACACAUACAGAGUUGUGGUUGAGUGGGUAACACUGCAUGUUCAAUCCCUGAGUCCUCCUCUCACACUUUGUCUCCUCUUAAAGGGAUACUUCCGGAAUUUGGCAACAAAGCCCUUUUCCUACUUCCCCAGAGUCAGAUGAACAAUGCUAACUAGCGCUAGCAUGCUAGCUGUUUCUUUUUUUUUUUUUUUUUUUUUUUUCUGGGGGGAUGGAUCAGCUUAAUAUUGCAGAUAGAUUGUAUCUUCUAUUAAUGUAAUUGUCUGCAUCACUUCCAAUCCCCCAUGUUUUUUUUAUUUUUUAUAUAUAUGCAUGCUAGCUGUUACCAUAGUCUUCUAGUCAUUGCGUUAAGGCUAGUUAGCAAUUGCGCUAAUGCUAGUUAGCAACUUCCUUCAAACUGCACACAGAGACAUACAAAUGAAAUCCACGAGUUCAUCUGACUCUGGAGAAGUAGAUAAAGGGCUUCAUUGCCAAAAUCCCAAAGUAUCCCUUUAACUUGUCAGCCCCUCUGUUUCUGAAUCUCCACUCUCCUUUAAAAAAAAGGGGGGGAAGGUACUGCUACACUAAAGACAUAGAGUCAAUGAACAUCCCGUCUAGAGCCUGCCACAAACACAUGUUGCUACUGUAGCUACAUCCUCUAGUGUCACGAGUGUCUCUCAGACUGUGGCUGGUUUACAACACAUCAGUACCUUCAAGGCUUUUGAUAUCCCCUGGGUCUAUGGCUGUAGUGUAGACUCACUGGUUUGGGCCAAUUAAAACCAUGUCUGCAUUCCAAAUGACACCCCAUGGGCCAUGGUCAAAAAUAGUGCACUAUAUAGGGAACAGGGUGCCAUUUUGGGACGCACACACCACAUUUGUUUGUCUCUUUGUUUCUGAAGCUACAAUAGCCCAGGUAGUCCAGUGUAGGACGGUCUGAUUCAGAUUCUUCAUGACCACCUUGUUGUUGCUGUCCUCUCUCUCAGGGCCAGAACAACCCAGGCAGUCGCAUGUCCACCUAUGUGGAUGUGAGCAGCCACCCUCAGAGCUCUACAGGCGGGACCCGGCCCUCCAACAGAAAGGUAACAGAAAGAUCCCCGGAAUAAAUGUCUUUAUUCUCCUCUGUGAUGCCAACAGUCACCAGCAGAGGGCAGUGUGACACUGAGCAGACCAGAGCACAUACCGUAGCAUGUAGACUUCUAUAAAGUAUCUUCCAUACUAGCCAAACACUGACAAUAACAUCCUCAUUUGCGUUCUGAGUAGAAUGUUCUAUAUACGUCGCAGUAGGAUGUUACAUGGCAGCCAGUAAAAUCUUAAAUCUGUAAUAGAUCAUGUGAUGUGGAUUUCUAUGGUGUUGGAGCAAACCACACUGGCAUGUGAAAUAGCAGCUGAACAUGGCAUUGAACUGUGGUUCUAUACAUUCACAAAUAUUUAACAGAGAUUAAAUAGUGUGUGUGUGCAUUUCAAAAUCAAAUCACUCUGUUUUGAGGCGCUGAUCUUGUGUUGUUAGCCAUGCUAAAAUAAGACCAGACCCUUCCUUUUGAAACGCUGUAUCUGAUUUCACUGGCUGGGGUCACAGUGCAUUGGCUAGCUCUGGUUUGUGUUGAACUGAGGACUGUUGGCACCAGCAGUCAGUCAGUCAUUCAGUCAGUAAUUAAAUCUGUCUGAGUGUCACUCCCUCUCUCUAAUCUCUCUUUCUCUCUAACAUAUAAGUUGUACUUUGCUUUUAAGAAGUAAUCCGUUAUAACACUGUGAUAGUCCAGGAUGGAUGUGAUCCUUUGAAAUAGUACACUGUAUUCUAUAUGUAGGUUACCAGACACUACUGUAUUAGUGGUGGUAGUAACCCAAGGCUCUGUUUCUCCUCUGACAGCAGUUCCAUGAGGAGUUAGCUCUACAGAUUGUGGUCAGCACGGGAGUCUGCAGAGAGAACGCAUACAAAUACGCCUGGUUCUUCUUUGAACUGCUGGUGAGUGUGUUCAAUAUACACUGAAUGUACAAACAUUAGCAAACCUUCCUAAUAUUGAGUUGCACCCCCUUUUGCCCUCAGAACAGCCUCAAUUCUUUGGGGCAUGGACUCUACAAGGUUUUGAAAGCGUUCCACAGGGAUGUUGGCCCAUGUUGACUCCAAUGCUUCCCACAGUAGUGUCAAGUUGGCUUGUAGUGGAUCUCUACUCCGUAUAGCACAUUCCAGCUCAUCCCACAGAUGCUCAAUUGUCUUGAUCUGGUGACUGGGCAAGCCACUGCGGUAAGCUGAAUCCACUGUCAUGUUCGUGGAACCAUUCCUGGACAAUCCUACUGAAAAAAAUAAUUUGCAGAUGGACACACUGCUUCCAUGAAGGGAUGCACCUGAUUGGCGAUGAUGUUCAGAUAUCCUGUGGCAUUCAAAUGUUGCUCCACUUUUAUCAAGGGGCUCAAUGUGUGCCAUGAAAACACACCUUACACCAUCACACCACCACCACCAGCCUGCAAUGUUGACAUGCGGCAUGAUGGAUGAUUGAACUCAUGUGGUUUUCUCCAUACCCUAGUUCUCCCAUCAGCGUGAAACAGCAGGAACCGGGAUUCAUCAGACCAGGCAAUGUUUUUCCAAUUCUCCAGUGUCCAGUGUUUUCGUUUCUUAGCCCACUGAAACCGAAUGUUCUUGUUUUUCUGCUGAAAGAAGUAGAACUCGGCUGCCAUACCCCAUUCGUGUCAAGGUACGAAAAGUUGUGCAUUCUUUUAUGGGUCUUUGGGCACCAAUGUUGUACUGGACUGUCAGUUGACUAACUGUAGCCUGCCUGUUGCUCUGCACAAUUUGUGUCAGCCUCCUUUGUCGUCUUUCAUCAAUGAACUGAUUUCGACCACUGGCCUGCCGUUGGCUGGAUGUCCUUUGGGUGGUGGACCAUUCUUGAUACACACAGAAAACUGUUGAGCGUGAAAAUCCCAGCACCGUUGCAGUUCUUGACACACUCAAACCGUUGCGCCUGGCACCUACUACCAUACCCCGUUCAAAGGCACUUUAAAUAUUUUGUCUUGCCCAUUCACACUCUGAAUGGCACACGUACACAAUCUAUGUCUCAAAUGUCUCAAGGCUUUAAAAUAUUUAUUUAACCUGUCUCCUCCCCUUCAUCUACACUGAUUUGAAGUGGAUUUAACAAGUUACAUCAAUAAGGGAUGAUAGCUUUCACCUGGUCAUUUUAUCAUGGAAAGAGCAGGUGUUCCUAAUGUUUUGUACACUCAGUGUAUUUACUUUAAUGGCAAAUAAGCUCUAGCAUUUUUAGCUUAAUGGAGUUGUUUUUGGACUACAAUGAAGGAAUGUGUGUGUGUGUGUCCAGGUGAAGAGCAUGGCCCAGCACGUGUCUCAGCUGGAGAAGCAAGACGUCCCUCGCAGGAGCCGCUUCUCAGACCGCUUCAAAGAUGACGUCACCACAAUCGUCUCCGUGGUUACUGCUGAGAUAGGGACCAUCCUGGUCAAACAGAAGAAGGUUAGUAAUAGUGUCAUUAUGAGCCUUUAUAUACACCAGCACUUUUAAUAAACUUACAAACACUUUUUCAGAUAAUUAAUCAAUCUAUCAAAUCAUCACUUAAUGCCAGUCCUUUUUUUUUUUUUCUCUAAGUAGACCAUUGGCUGUUUUUAACUGAAAAUCUAAUGUUUUAUUUGUUGUUGUGUUGUUGUUGUUGUUGUUAGGAGUUGGAACAGGCAGAGAAGGUGAACAUCAGCCUGGCCUUCUUCCUGUAUGACCUGCUGUCUCUAAUGGACAGAGGCUUUGUCUUCAUCCUGGUCAAAAACUACUGCAACCAGGUCACUACCACAAUACACUACCCUAAUCAGAAUAAUGCAACCAAGUCACAAUAAACUACCCUAAUUUAUUGUUUUUCCCACCAGAUGUCGGCAAAGACCAUUUCCAUGCCAACCCUGAUUAGCAUGCGAUUGGAGUUCCUGCGUAUCCUGUGCAGUCAUGAGCACUACCUCAACCUCAGCCUUUACUUCAGUAGCCCCGCCUCCGCACCCACCUCCCCAUGCCCAUCCAUCUCCUCACAGGUCAGUUUGCAUGUCAGUCAAAAUCGUAUUGACCAGUCCCUCACCUGGCUUUGGGAUUUUAGGUUAUAGCGUAGUAUGGUUGAGUAAGGUGGGUUCUCUCUCUCUGGCUUUAAAUACUCUUUCUCUACUUUUAUAUACUUUUCUCUGGUUCUCUCUCUCUGACUUUAAAUACUCUUUCUCUCUCUCUCUCUCUCUCUCUCUCUCUCUCUCUCUCUCUCUCUCUCUCUCUCUCUCUCUCUCUCUCUAUCUCUAUCUCUAUCUCUUGCUCUCUAUCCCCCGUCUCUCUCUCUCUCUCUCUCUCUCUCUCGCUCUCUAUCCCCCGUCUCUCGCUCUCUAUCCCCCGUCUCGCUCUCUAUCCCCCGUCUCUCUCUCUCUCUCCCUCCCCCGUCUCUCUCUCCCUCCCCCGUCUCUCUCUCUCUCCCCCGUCUCUCUCUGCAGAGCUCCAGUUCGUAUAGUUUCCAGGAGCAGAGGAUCCUGGGGCUGUUUGAGCUGUCUCAGGAGUUUAAACAGCAGCACUACCUCGCUGGUCUACUGCUGACCGAGCUCAGCGCUGCACUGGACAUGGAGUCAGAGGGGUCAGUACACACACCAUACAAGAGACACACACACACAACACCUCACUGCCCACUAUCUCAGGGGCCAGCCAACUACACACAGACAAACAGAAAAAUGUGUGUGUGUGUAGGGGUAAAGUCCAGAGGAAGGCCAUCAACGCCACCUACAGUCUGCUGUGUGCCCAUGACCUGGACCAGCGCUGUACCCGGCCUGAGGUCCGGGCCAAGGUGGCCACUCUCUACCUCCCCCUGGUGGGCAUCAUCAUCGACUCCAUCAACUACCUGGACUUCACAGGUACUGGCCUGGCCACAUCCCAUAUCCACACCUAUACCCUACCCAUUGGGACUUAAUGUAGAGUCUGGCUAAGGAGUUGGUUGAUUAGUUUGGAACUGGGUUGAUGUGAACUGUGUUUAGAGAGUGUUUGGUGCAGAGCCGUGGCUGAGUGGUAACAAUCUUUGCUCUCAACAAAUAUGUGACUCCCCACCGUAGUCUCCCCUUCCAACUUUCUCCCCUCUCUACCUCUGUAUCUCCUUAGUAACUUCUAAUCUGUCUAAAUAAAACUUGAAAAUAUAUAUUUUUUAAAAGUAUUUGACCCUUGUGUGUCUCCGUAGUGUCAGAGGCUCGCGGAGGGAAGAACAAGACAGGAGGGUCAGAUGAAGACCCCGACAAUGUCCCGCCCAUUAAUCAGUCUAUUGCAAUGGCAAUCGCCGGCAAUCCCUUCAACACCUUGGCGAGGAAUGCCCUGCCUUCCAUGGUGUCUGUGGUAAGGCUAUAGGAAUGUUGCCAUGGUUUCGUAUUCCAAGCACAUACUGUAUGUUUGGGUUCCUCCAUCAGACCUGGAUUAAGUUUGCUUUUUAAAAUGAUUUAUUAACAAUUUCAAUUAGAGUAGUAAAUUCCUUGUUCUGUAGUUUUGUGACUAGUGGUGAUAAAGGUGUGUGUGUGUGUGUGUGUGUGUGUGUGUGCAUGCACACAUCCGCAAGGGGGCGGUGGUGUAGCAGGUGUGCUGCUGUGAGGUAGACUGAUGAGCUGUAGGAAGCACACACACUCCAUCCAUUGUGAGAUGCCAGCUCUCUUUCUCUCUCUUUCUCUCUCGCUCUCUCGCUCUCUAUCUCUCUCUCACACACACACACACAUUUUGGGAGAUGCUUUAUGGGCAGGCAUUAUCAUCAUAAGUGAAUUGGGCUGUGCUGAGAGACACACAUCCAUCAAACGUAGCCACGGCAACCACACAGCCACAGAACACCCUCCCUCUGUCUCUCCUAUCAUACCUUGUCUGUGCUAGAUGGAUGUAUACAAUGCUAACUGUCUAUUCUUUUUUUUUUUUUUUACAGGUUUGAUAAGUGUUUAACAUAUUAAGACAUUGAACUCAAGUCGAGGCCCUAAGCCUGCCAUCUGAGUAAUAGCAUCUAUGGAAUCAGUAGGAGUUGAAUGGUUGUCUUCAUCAAAGGUCCCAAUCUACUCCGUGUAAUAGUGUUACUCAAUGGUAGACACGGGUCCCUCACGACGCCAGGACAGCGGAGUCACUCACCACCUUCCGGAGACAUUUGAAACCCCACCUCUUUAAGGAAUACCUGGGAUAGGAUAAAGUAUUCCUUCUAACCCCCCCCCCCCCCCCCCCCCCCCCCCCCCAAAUUGUAAAGUGGUUAUCCCACUGGCUAUAGGGUGAACGCACCAAUUUGUGAGUCGCUCUGGCUAAGAGCGUCUGCUAAAUGACGUUAAUGUGCCCUUGAGCAAGGCACUUAACCCUAAUUGCUCCUGUAAGUCGCUCUGGUUAAGAGCGUCUGCUAAAUGACUAAAAUGUAAAAAAAAUGUAAAAUGGGUCUGUAUGGAAUAUUACUCAACCUCUGAAUUAGAUGUAGCGCCAGUGGAGAGCCUUGGCAGCGGAUAAUUGGGAAUCCCAAUAAAAUACAACAACCCAUAAACCACACUAUACUAUGUCUCUGUCCACUCUAACGUAUACAGUACGUCUCUGUCUCCCUUCCUCUACCAGUCUGCUAAGGCAGUGGCCAGCCUCUGUGUGUGUGGUAUGUUCUAUAGUAAUAUAACUCUGUCGCUCUCCUCUCUAGCAGUCUGGUAAGGCGGUGGCCACCCUGUCAGCAGAGACCAGUCGUAACCUGCUGGUGUGUUUCCUGUGGGUGAUGAAGAACGCUGAGAGGAGUCUGAUCCAGCGCUGGACUGUAGACAUGCCGUCAGCACAGCUCAACAGACUGCUAGAACUACUCACCAUUUGUGUUUCCUGCUUUGAGUACAGGGUAAGAAUGUCUGCGCCCUGCAUGGAGUACAUACCUAAUUAAUGUCUGUAAAUAGGAUGUAUGUGUGUGUGCAUGCCUUCACGCAUUUGUGUGUGUGUGUUAUGUGCAGGGGAAGCGAAGCAGUGAUAAGGUGAGCACCCAGGCCUUACAGAAGUCCCAGCAGGCUAAGUUGCAGCUGGAGGACUCCCUACUGAGGGGCAUUGGAGCCCGGGGGGAAAUGAUGCGACGGGCUGGAGGUCAGUACCACCCACCACUCUCUCUGAUUGAUCAAAAGUAGCUAAAUCCACAGUACACGACUUAUAAGUAUAUCUCCUGAAAAGCAGCUGUGAGUAGCUGAAAAGGGAAUGAUGGUACUCCUAAGCUGCUUUUUGAUUGGACGAGAGUCUGCCUGCCCUUUUAUCCCUGACCUUUGACCCUGACAGGAAGUGACCGUGCAGGUCAGAGAGUGAACCUGCGCUGGAGAAAAGACCUGACACAGUGGAGGCAGACCAACGACAAACACGACAAGUGAGUUACACACACACACACACACACACACACACACACACAGAGUACAAAUGCAAUUCAUUCAGACAUGAAUUACACAUCUCUCCUGGUAUGGAAGAAGAUAGAUUGUCAGACAAUGCCAUUGGAAGAAACUAGUGAAGAGAACCCCCUCUCCUGUUUCCCCUCAGAACCAAAGCAGAGCUGGACCAGGAGGCUCUGAUCAGUGGGAAUCUGGCUACUGAGUCCAACCUCAUCGUCCUGGACCUACUGGAGACCAUAGUACAGGUCACAACAUCUUUCUUCUUAUGUUUUCAAUCUACCUCUACUUCUUUCUGCCCUUUUCUGUCUAAUCUCUCUCUCUCUUUAUCUCUCUCUCUCUCUUUAUCUCUCUCUCUCUCUCUUUAUCUCUCGCUCUCUCGCUCUCUCUCGCUAUGGUCGUGUUUGAGAUUGACUGCAGACUGACUGUUCUACAAAUCACCUUGCAACCUAAAUAACUACUGAUUGUUUGUAGAUCAGUCUGUCAGCAUUUACCAACAAUGCAUCACGAAUUUUGAUACUCUCUUGAACACAGCCAACAUCAUAAGUGUCCUCUCUUGUCCCAUUUGGCUGACAGCAUUCUCUCUCUGUCUUCCAUACAGGCUGUUCCAUUGGCUGACUGUAAGGACAGUGUAGUGGGUGGCGUGUUGAGGGUGUUGCUACACUGUCUCACCUGCAACCAGAGUACAACCUUCCUGUCUCACUGCUUCAGCACACUGCGAGCACUCGUCGUCAAGGUAGUGUCUAUACACAAUAUCUACUGACGGUAUUGUGUGUGAGUGUAUGCAUGUGCGUGCGCUGAUAGUAUUGUGUGUAUUAUAGUUUGGUGACCUGCUGUUUGAAGAGGAAGCCGAGCAGUGUGCAGACCUGUGUCAGAAGGUGCUUCAGCACUGUAGCAGUCCUGUGGAUGGAAACAGAAGCCAGGCCUGCGCUACCCUAUACCUCAUCAUGAGAUACAGCUUCAGCUCAGCCAACGUGAGUACACACGCACACACAGAAUCCGUCUCAUCCUUUUUCCUCUAACACCCAGUCGUUUCCAUGUCUAUUUUGAGCUCAGUGGAGAAAGUUGCUGAAUGAUGUGUUUCUGAGUACUUAGAAGUGAACAGGGAGAUAUGUCACUGUCUACCCCUGUGUCCCUGCCUUUCUGUAAGUAAUGGCUGUACAAGUGAGAAAAAGGGAGAGGGAGAGAGAGGCACCACACCACCCCAACCAGUUAACACCCUCCCAAACCAACCAGUUAACACCCUCCAAACCAACCAGUUAGCACCCUCCCAAACCAACCAGUUAACACCCUCCAAACCAACCAGUUAGCACCCUCCAAACCAACCAGUUAGCACCCUCCCAAACCAACCAGUUAACACCCUCCAAACCAACCAGUUAGCACCCUCCCAAACCAACCAGUUAACACCCUCCAAACCAACCAGUUAGCACCCUCCCAAGCCAACCAGUUAGCACCCUCCCAAGCCAACCAGUUAACACCCUCCCAUGCCAACCAGUUAACACCCUCCCAAACCAACCAGUUAACACCCUCCCAAACCAACCAGUUAACACCCUCCCAAACCAACCAUGGCCACAACCCAUAUAGGUCCCCCCAGGUCAAACCAAGCCUCCUGCCCCUUCCAUGCCCCCAACCCCCACAACUUGAAAAUCACACAUAUGCCCAGGCGGAGAGCAACAAGUUAGAUCAGACUUAACCCACUCCAUGAAAAUAAUCAAAAUAAAACAGAAACAUUUUACAUUUGACUAGAAUUUAAAAUAGAAAUAAUCUCAAUAGAGAAAGAUGUCCUCCUGUGUGCUACCUAUAUCCCCCCACUAGAAUCCCCAUACUUGAAUGAAGACAGCUUCUCUAUCCUAGAGUGGGAGGUCAACCAUUUCCAGGCCCAGGGACAUGUACUAGUCUGACCUAAACGCCAGAACUGGACAAGAACCUGACACCCUCAGCACACAUGGGGACAAGCACCUACCUGUAGGGGACUGCAUUCCCACCCAAAUAUGCCCCCCUAGACAUAACAACCAACAAAAAUGGGUCACAACUCUUGCAGCUCUGUCGCAUGCUGGGUCUGUACAUAGUCAGUGGUAGGCUUCGAGGGGAAUCCUACGGUAGGUACACCUACAGCUCAUCCCUUGGCAGUAGUACUGUAGACUACUUUAUUACAUUUACAUUUUAGUCAUUUAGCAGACGCUCUUAUCCAGAGCGACUUACAGUUAGUGAGUGCACACAUUUUAUUUUUUAUUUUUUUCAUACUGGCCCCCCGUGGGAAACGAACCCACAACCCUGGCAUUGCAAACGCCAUGCUCUACCAACUGAGCUACAUCCCUGCCGGCCAUUCCCUCCCCUACCCUGGACGACGCUGGGCCAAUUGUGCACCGCCCCAUGGGUCUCCCGGUCGCGGCCGGCGAUGACAGAGCCUGGAUUCGAACCAGGAUCUCUAGUGGCACAGCUAGCACUGCGAUGCAGUGCCUUAGACCACUGCGCCACUCGGGAGACACUUUAUCACUGACCUCAACCCAGAGUCUCUCAGAGCGGUCAGUCAGCCAACUAACACCCCUAUCAGACCACAACAAAAUCACAAUCUACUUGAACAGAGCAAUACUCAACCAUGAGGUAUCGAAGCCAAAUAAUCUGCAUGCUUUUAUGGAAUGCUAUAGAUGGAAGCAGGGUAGUGUAGAAACCUACCAAAAAACGAUUGGCCAACAACAAAUCCAAUCCCUCCUAGACAACUUCCUGGACAAAAUGUUUCCCUGCAAUAGUGAAGGUGUAAACUUAGCAGUAGGAAGCCUGAACAGUAUAUGUGACCGACCACCUCGAUUCGGUCUUAUGUAGCAAAAUUUGAAAUUGUGUUUUUUACAUUGAAUGAAAGUAGAAACUCAGAGCUAGAAAAUGUUAUAUCAUACACUGCAGUUGAGGAAAAAUGGGAAAGUAAUUCUGCUUUGAAAGUCGAUAAACUUGUAACCCCACUUUUGAAAAAUGGCCCUUGAAUGUUUUGGUACACCUACUGGAGAUCUCUUCUUUGUCUACACCCCAUUCAGCAUCGUUCACAUCCUCUUAAGACUUAGCCCCACCCAUCUCUUUAAGGAUUCACAUGUGAGUCCAUGUGCUAAACAGAGUGAGUAGUUUAGUAAACAACCAAAGAUUUCAAGACUAAAAGUGGUAAAAGUAGUAGCCUACAAUAAGGAAAAACUCCAGGUAAAAAUACACUUUAUCUAGUCCUUAGCCUAAUCUGACUUUGGUGCAGGUCAUGUUGUUCUUCACAUUACUGUCUCUGGUAAACACACACUAUAUCAAAUCAAGUAUACGUUUAGGAAGUAUAAGUCAUGUGAAGGAAAUGCUAUAACCACCCCCCAGCCACAUCUAGCUAAGUGGAUGGGUCACUAUUGUCUAGACAUGUACACAUGUUCAUGAAAUACAAUAGAUGGUGGUAAUCACCCCUAGACAUACCUGGCUAACUUUAUGGGUCAUGUAAUCAUCUGGCGAAGUGGUGUCUUUUGUUUAGACAUGUAGCUAGCUAGCUAAACAAUGAACCGGCAUAAUUCCAACUCAUAAUACUACCAACACAAACAUUGUCAUAGCUGUUGUAUGAAUCUGCAGGUAGCUAAAGAGCUAACCAACUAGGUUCAAUGUUAGGUAGCUAACAUUGGGCUAUAAUUUGCAAUGCAAAUAGAUCCUGAUUAGAAUAAUAUUACUACACAGAUCAUACAUGUAACGUUAGCUAGCGAGCCAGCAAGCUAACGUUAGCUAGCUAUUUGAAACUUAUAAUAUCAGAAAAUGUAGCUAGACUCUUACCCAUUUAACUCUGUUUAGUUUGUAGCUACAUCUUGUUUGGCCAGUGUUGUCAAGUCACUCCGGUUCACACUGACCGAGGCGUGUGCAGAAAGUAGCCUAUCACUUUUUCCAACUGAUCUGUCGAUAGUGCCUGCUAAAUUCAGGGAAUCAAUGUUGUUCAGAAAAGUAGCAAAACUUUUGUAGUUCUCGAUGGCUAACGUUAUAUCUUUAAAAAACAGCACGGUAGAAAGGACUAUCAACACAUACUGAGCAGCUCACGUUAUAGACAGAAGCAUGCUACAUGGCAGACCAAUCCAAACUCAUCUCUCGGCAUGUCCAGCCCAUCCAUUAUCUCAGCCAAUCAUGGCUAGCGGGAAGGUUCCUUUCUUUUUUCGUGGCUAAACCAACUAUGCUCGUAAUUUUAACAAUUUUAUUAGGAUUUAUGGACAGAAUACAAGUUUGUUAUUAAAGCACAUGAAAGUUCACAUGUUCCUGAAGGCAUUUCUGCAAAACAACACAUUUUGAUCAAAAGUAAAUGUUUACGUUCAAAUGCCUCUCCUGUGAAGUAGUGACAUGCGACAUACGCCUAGUUUCCUGAAACGAGUCACAUAUUUGACCUAUCAGCUAACAUAUCACAUUUUAAAAAAUCAAGGAGAAAAACUAACAACAAUGAGAAAUGGAUUGAUAAAGAAUGCAAAAACCUAAUAAGGAAAUUGAGAAAUCUAUCCAACCAAAAAGACAGAACCAGAAAACCAGAACCUACACCUUCACUAUGGUGUAACACUAAAACAGUACAGAAAUACACUAAGAAAAAAUAAGAAACAGCAUGUCAGAAAACUUCUCAAUGUGAUUGAAGAGUCCAUAGAAUCUAACCACUUCUGGGAAAAUUGGAACACACUAAACAAACAACAUGAAGCACUAUCUAUCCAAAAUGGAGAUGUAUGGAUAAACUACUUAUCUACCCUUUUUGGCCAUAUAACAAAGAAAUAAGAGUAAACACAUAUACAUGAUCACUUGCAAAACUUAGAAUCAGAUAUUAAAGACUACCGGAACCCACUGGAUUCUCCAAUUACAUUGGAUGAGCUACAGGACAAAAUACAAUCCCUCCAACCCAAAAAGGCCUGUAGUGUUGAUGGUAUACUAAAUGAAAUGAUAAAAUAUACAGACCACAAAUUCAAAAUGGCUAUUCUUCAACUCUUCAACAUUAUCCUCAGCUCUAGCAUAUUCCCCAAUAUUUGGAACCAAGGUCUGAUCAUCACAAUCCACAAAAGUGGAGACAAAUUUGACCCCAAUAAUUACUGUGGAAUCUGCGUCAACAGUAACCUUAGAAAAAUCCUCUGCAGUAUCAUCAACAGCAGACUUCAACAUCUCCUCAGUGAAAACAAUGUCCUGAGCAAAUGUAAAAUGGGCUUAGUACCAACAUAUCGUACGACAGACCAUGUAUACACCCUGUACACCCUAAUUGACAAACAAAACAAAAGCAGUCUUCUCAUGCUUUUUUUAUUUCAAAAAAGGAAAGCAUUGUUGGGGGGAAAACAUACAAUAUUAUGAAAUCGAAGUACACAAACAACAAGUUUGCAGUUAAAAUUGGCAAUAAACACACAGAUUUCUUUCCUCAGAGGAGUGGGGUGAGACAGGGACGCAGCUUGAGCCCCACCCUCUUCAACGUGUAUAUCAAUUAAUUGGCGAGAGCACUAGAACAAUCUGCAGCACCCGGCCUCACCCUACUACACUCUGAAGUCAAAUGUUUACUGUUUGCAGAUGAUCUGUUGCUUCUGUCCCCAACCAAGGAGGGCCUACAGCAGCACCUAGAUCUUCUGCACAGAUUCUGUCAGACUUGGCCAUGACGCUAAAUCUCAGUACAACAAAAAUAAUGGUGUUCCAAAACAGGUCCAGUUGCCAGGACAACAAAUGCAAAUUCUAUGCCAUCAAAAGGAACAUAAAACUUGACGUCCCAAUUAGGAUCUAGCUAAAAGUACUUAAAUCAGUUAUAGAACUGAUUGUCCUUCAUGGUUGUGAGGUCUGGGGUCCACUCACCAACCAAUAAUUCAUAAAAUGGACAAACACCCAAUUGAGACUCUGCAUGCAGAAUUCUGCUAAAAUAUCCUUUAUGUACCAUGCAAAACCCCAAAUAAUGCAUGCAGAGCAGAAUUAGGACUAGUCCUGCUAAUCAAAUUCCAAAAAAGAGCUGUUAAAUUCUACACCCACCUAAAAGGAAGCGAUGCCCAUUCCUGACACUGCAAAGCUCUCACCUACAGAGAGAUGAUUGUAGAGAAGAGUCCCCUCAGCCAGCUGGUUUUGGGGCUCUGUUCACAAACACAGACCCCACAGAGCCCCAGGACAGCAACACAAUUAGACCCAAUCAAAUUAUGAGAAAACCGAAAGAUAACUAUUUGACACUGAAAAGAAUCAACCAAAAAACAAGCAAACUGGAAUGCUAUCUGGACCUAAACAGAAAAUACACAGUAGCAGAAUGCCUGACCACUGUGACAGACCUAAAAUUAAGAAAAUUCUUGACUAUGUACAGACUCAGUGAGCAUAGCCUUGCUAUUGAGAGAGGCCGCCAUCGGCAGACCUGGCUCUCGAGAGAAGAAAGUCUAUGUGCCCACUUCCCACAAAAUGAGGUGAAAACUGGGCUGCACUUCCUUACCUCCUGCCAAAGGUAUGACCAUAUUAGACACACAUAUUUCCCAUAGAUCACACUGACCCACAAAGAAUUUGAAAACAAAUCAAACACCGAUUAACUCCCAUAUCUGUUAGACGAAAUACAGCAAUGUGCAAUCACAGCAGCGAGAUUUGUGACCCGUUGCCAUGAAAACAGGGCAACCAGUGGAGCACAGAUAACAUUGUAAAUACAACCAAUAUUUAUCUGUUAUGUUAUUUAGCUGAUAACGUACUUUAUACUUAUGAAACCUUUAUAAGUGCAGUGUUUACUGUAACAGUAAUAUUCUGUUGUCUUUUGUUUAUUGUUUGUGUUUACUGUAACAGUAAUAUUCUGUUGUCUUUUGUUUAUUGUUUGUGUUUACUGUAACAGUAAUAUUCUGUUGUCUUUUGUUUAUUGUUUGAGUUUACUGUAACAGUAAUAUUCUGUUGUCUUUUGUUUAUUGUUUGUGUUUACUGUAACAGUAAUAUUCUGUUGUCUUUUGUUUAUUGUUUGUGUUUACUGUAACAGUAAUAUUCUGUUGUCUUUUGUUUAUUGUUUGUGUUUACUGUAACAGUAAUAUUCUGUUGUCUUUUGUUUCUUCUCACUUUUGUAGAUUAUUUUUAUUUCAGUUGCUUUGGCAAUGUAAACAUGUUUCCCAUAGAGAGAGGGCGGGAGGGAGAGAGGGAGGGAUAGAGAUGUAGAUAUAGAGGGGUAGGGCGGGAGAGGGGUAGGGAGGGAGGGCAGGAAAGAGAGAGAGAGGGAGGGCAGGAAAAAGAGAGAGAGAGGGAGGGCUGGAAAGAGAAAGAGAGGGAGGGCAGGAAAGAGAGAGCGAGGGAGGGCAGGAAAGAGAGAGCGAGGGAGGGCAGGAAAGAGAGAGCGAGGGAGGGCAGGAAAGAGAGAGCGAGGGAGGGCAGAAAGAGAGCGAGGGAGGGCAGGAAAGAGAGAGAGGGAGGGCAGGAAGAGAGAGCGAGGGAGGCAGGAAAGAGAGAGAGAGGGAGGGAAGGAGAGAGGAGGGAGGAGUAGAGAGGGAGGGAGGGCAGAGAGAGAGGGAGAGGAAGGAGAGGGGAGGGAGGGGAGGGAGGGAGGGAAGGAGAAGAGAGAGAGAGGGAGGGACAGGAAAGGAGAGAGAGAGGAGGGAGGGAGGAAGAGAGGGGGGGGAGGGAGGAGGAGAGAGGGAGGGAGGAGAGGAGGAGAGGGAGGGAGGAGAGGGAGGAGGAGAGGAGAGGGAGGAGGAGAGGAGGGGAGGGGGGAGGGAGAGGAGGGGGAGCAGGGGGAGGGAGGGAGGGAGGGAGGGGGAGGGAGGAGGUGGAGGGGGGAGGGGGCGGGAGAGAUGGGGGGAGGGAGGGAGGGGGAGGAGGGAGGAUGGGAGGAGGGGGGGGGAGAUGGGGAGGGAGGGAGGGCGGGGGUGGGGAGGGAGGGCGGGGGGUGGGGAUGGGGGGGGAGGGGAGGGCGGGAGGUAGGGCAGGAGAGAGGGAGAGAGGGCAGGAGGGGAGGGCGGGAGAGAGGGUGAGAUUUGCACAAAAAAGCGCUUCCAACGCCAUUUCGCACAUCAUUAAUUUUACAGACCAAAAAAGACUAUCAUCUUGUCUAGGGUAUUUUGAACGUUUACUGACAGAUUUGCUGUUUCCAUCAGGCCUGUCUUGACAUUUUUUUAUCCGGCAUAAAAAGGUUGGAUGGAAACCUGGUUUUAGGGAAGAGAAAGGGAGAAAGAACACACAACGGAUCAGGCCUGGCGCCACGCUCGGUUUAACAGAAUGGGGCCGUAGAGAUGAUCCAUAGGUGAUUAUGUCUCAGCUAAUGGGAGAUAAUUUCCUGCUUUGCUGCUGAUGGCAGAGAUGGAUGGGGUUAUACACACACACAAAACCAUGUCAGCACUAAGCCCUCCGUUACCUGGAGGACAGUGAGUGAGUGAGAGAGAAUUAUUGAAUAUUGACAACCCUAGAGUCUACUUUAUUAGCCAAUACACGACUGAGCAAUGUCAUAUAUCGUUCUUUAAUAUAUGCUUUUUAUAGUUAGUGUUUUAUGAAUACAGCCAGCCUGUGUUAGUGUCCCUCCACUCCAAGCCCAGAUUAUGAGUAUGGGCCUCCUCCCUGUCAAAUCCCCCUCUACAGACAUGAACACAGAGGGAGACUGGACAGGUCCCUCUCUGUCUACAGAGAUGAACACAGAGGGCCACAGGACAGGUCCCUCUCUGUCUACAGAGAUGAACACAGAGGGAGACAGGACAGGUCCCUCUCUGUCUACAGAGAUGAACACAGAGGGCCACAGGACAGGUCCCUCUCUGUCUACAGAGAUGAACACAGAGGGAGACAGGACAGGUCCCUCUCUGUCUACAGAGAUGAACACAGAGGGAGACAGGACUGGUCCCUCUCUGUCUACAGCAGCACUAGUUUGGACACGAGGCUUGAGCUGUGUCCCAAAUGUCACCCUAUUCCCUAUAUGGUGCACGUCUUUUGACCAGGGCCCAUAGUAGUGCACUAUAUAUGGAAUAGGGUCUCUAUAUAGUGCACUAAUGUUGACCAGAGCCCUAUGGGACCUUUUUAAAAAGUACUGCACUAUGUAUGUAUUGGGGUGCUAUUUGGGACGCAGGUUAUGUCCCACCUAACCCCAGUUACUCAAGCCCCUGUCUCUCUCUUUGUCUCUGUCUCUGUCUCUGUCUCUGUCUCUGUCUCUGUCUCUGUCUCUGUGUGAUGUGUAGAACUUCUCCCGGGUGAAGAUGCAGGUGACCAUGUCUCUAGCCUCUCUGGUGGGGAAGUCCGAGGACUUCCAUGAGGAGUACCUCCGCAGGUCCCUACGCACCAUACUGGCCUAUGCAGAGGAGGACACAGAGAUGCAGAACACACCACUGCCCUCGCAGGUAACACACACGCAUGCACGCAUUCACGCUCGCACGACACAUGUUGAUAUUAACCCUAGUUUGAUUGUGUGUGUGUAGGUGGAUGAGCUGCUGAGGAACUUAAACAGUAUCCUGUCAGACACGGUGAAGAUGAGAGAGUUCCAGGAAGACCCAGAGAUGCUCAUGGACCUCAUGUACAGGUACACACACAACCACUCACUCACUCCUUCACUCCUGCUGUAGGGCUCUGUGUGUGUUUUUCUCCUGGUUCCUAUUUAUUUCUUUGUGGUUUGGUUGUUUCUCCUCUGUUUAUUCCUCACUAUGGAAACCAUGUGGUAGCAGUUUGGUACAGAGAUCUGGUUUUGUAUAUUCAUACAGAGUUUGUGUUUGUGUGGGAGUGAAUGCAGACUCUCUCAGUGCAUGUGUCAUCUGCUUACAUUCUGCAUGUCUACACUUACACUCUUGGUUUUCAUUCUGCAUAAGCCAUGCAUCUGUAAAAGGUCAUUAAUUAUUGAAUUUACAUUAGGCUACCUAAAACUGACCCCCAGCCCUCCUCACAUGCCCCCCUCACCCCAAACCAUUCCCUCACUUCACUCACUGAAAGAUGUAAGCUAUAAGGUCAUCCCAGCCUAACAGGAUGCAAGGAGAAUCAAUUAUCAUAGCUGAUUACAGGGACCGUAUACACAAAGUAUCUAAUCUAGGAUCAGGUCCCCCCGUCCAUUCAUUAUAAUCUAAAAGGGAAAACUGAUCCUAGAUCAGCACUUCUUCUCUGAGAAGUUUUAUGAAUACAGGCCCAGAUUACAUGAGUACUUAAGAGCUUGAGGACUGGGGUUGGUUUGAAAUUCAGCAUCACUCCCCCUCUCCCUCCUUCUGUCUCCAGGAUAGCGAAGGGUUACCAGACAUCUCCUGACCUGAGAUUGACCUGGCUGCAGAACAUGGCGGAAAAACACAAGAACAGGAAGUGUUUUACAGAGUCUGCCAUGUGUCUGGUCCACGCUGCAGCCCUGGUGGCUGAAUACCUCAGCAUGCUGGAGGACCACAAAUACCUACCUGUGGGCAGUGUCACCUUUCAGGUGGGUAUCUAGACUGUACGCACACACAGACACACACUACUGAUUAUGGUCUGUUGACUGUUGCCAUAAGGGGGCGCUGUAUACUCAAAACGUAAUGCUUCCUUGUUUGGCUGCUGUCUUGGUUAAUCACUUCGUGACAAAUAUUUUUUUGUGAAAAAACAAAGCUAUCAGUAAUACUUGAUUGAUUGAUUCCCUUUUGUAACAUGCUGGAUGAGUCUGAUUGGUUGGUUGCUUCUAUAGAACAUCUCUCCCAACGUGCUGGAGGAGUCAGCGGUGUCAGAUGACAUCCUGUCUCCAGAUGAGGAUGGGGUCUGUUCAGGACGAUACUUCACCACCAGCGGUCUGGUGGGCCUACUGGAGCAGGCUGCAGAACUCUUCAGCAACGUAAAACACACAAACAGACAAACAAACAAACAAACAAAAGCGGAUCCUAAAUAAUGGUAUUGCUGCACUCCCAUAAAGACACUGAACAAUGGUGAUAAUAGUGUGUUGUUGCUGUGUUUUUCAGGGUGGUCUGUAUGAGACAGUGAAUGAGGUGUAUAAGAUCAUUAUGCCUGUUCUGGAGGCUCACAGAGAUUUCCGGGAGCUGACCUCCACUCACGAGAAACUUCAGAGAGCCUUUGACAACAUCAUUCAGAAGGUACAGACAGACAGCAGCAUGGACUACUGUAUAUGAAGGGAUUACAGUCACAAUACAUAUGAAGUACUACAAUUAUAGUGAAAUGAUAGUAAGAUUACCAUUACAAAUCGAUGUGCUGUAUUUGGAGGAAAGCUGUCUACCUAUUUCCUUCACUUGGAUGUGAAUGAUUCAGAGUCGCUUUCACAUGUUUGUCGUCGUCCCAGGGCCAUAAGAGGAUGUUUGGGACGUAUUUCCGGGUGGGUUUUUAUGGGGCCAAGUUUGGAGACCUGGACGAACAGGAGUUUGUUUACAAGGAGCCAGCGAUCACCCACCUGCCAGAGAUAUCCCACAGACUGGAGGUAACUGUGAGAGAGCGUGUGUGUGUUGGUGCGUGCAGGUGUGCAUGCUUUUACUGUAUGGAUAUGAAUACUGUAUUGAUUCAUAUGAGUACUAUAUCAAUUCAUAUGAAUACUGUAUCUAUUCAUAUGAAUACUGCAUCUGUUCAUAUGAAUACUGCAUCUGUUCAUAUGAGUACUGUAUCUAUUGGUGUUGUAGAACUUCUACAGUCAGUGUUUUGGAGAUGCCCUGGAGAUGAUCAAAGACUCCAAAGACAUAGACAGGAGCAAACUGGAUGCUAACAAGGUAUAGUAUAUGACAGUACACCACCAAAUCAUCCUGUGUUCCUGCUGUGUCCCUUUUCAAUACCUUUUGACUUGCAUGUGUCGAAUUAUUGAGAGGAACCUUCACCAACAACUAGAUGCAUCUCUACUUUUAUCCCCUCUCUCUCUCUUUUUCUUUUUCUUUCUCUCUCUGCCCCUCCCUCCCUCUCUUCUCUCUCUCCGCCUCUCGCUCUCUCGCUUGUGCUCUCCCUCCCUCCCCCAGGCCUACAUACAGAUCACCUACGUGGAGCCCUUCUUUGAUGACUAUGAGAUGAAAGACCGCCUGACCAACUUUGAGAAAAACUUCAACUUGCGUCGCUUCAUGUACACCACGCCCUUCACAAAGGCGGGGCGGCCGCGUGGUGAGCUCAACGAGCAGUACAAGAGGAAGACUAUCCUCACCACCAUGCACACCUUCCCCUACAUCAAGACACGCAUCAAUGUCAUCCAGAAAGAAGAGGUAUGCUGUUAGAACAAAGCCUAUUUAGACACAGAUUUUAGCCAAUUAGACUGUGAUUUUUUUAUCUUUCCAAAUCUAACUUGUACCUUCCCCUUUCACUCUCUUCACCUCUCCUUCCUUCUCAUCCUCCCAUCCCCAAGUUUGACCUGACUCCCAUUGAGGUGGCCAUCGAGGACAUGCAGAAGAAGACCAGGGAGUUAGCGGUAGCCACACACAGGGAGCAGCCCGAUGCUAAGAUGCUCCAGAUGCUUCUACAGGGCUCUGUGGGAGCCACCGUCAACCAGGUACCUCCAGCCACCUGUCCUGGCCCCAAUAAAUGAGAUGUUUUCUGCCUCUCUCUUUUCUUUCUCUCCCUGUCACAUUGGUGAAAAAGCAGACAUUAUCCCUCUCUCGUUCUCUCUCUCCCCCCCACUGGCAUUUUAACAUUAACAUUACUGAAUUGAAAGUUACUCAUUGACUCCACACAUCAAAUGAAGAGGAAAAACAAGUAAGUAAGUAACGUGAUGAUAAAGAACAUGACACAUUAAAGAGUCCAGUUUAACCAUAACAUCGUCUGUACAGUGCCUCGGUUGAUUCUGUUAAAACCUUCAUUCACAACCUCUCCUUUCAUGUCUGAGCUAAACACUGAAACCCUUUGAUCUGAUGGCUUACAGCUCCCGUCAAACGUUGGCUAAACGCUAAUGUAAUGAUAUAGUUACACCAGGCCCCAGCUCUCUUUUGUAUAGUCUAAUCUGACAGCAAGCCCUGCUUUCACCUGCUGUCUGUAUACACAACCUUAAUGUUCACGCUGUCCAUAAACAAAUACAGCCCGGGGCCAAAUUUAUUUUAUUUAACUAGGCAAGUCAGUUAAGAACAAAUUUGGCCUACGAAAUGACGGCCUACGAAAAAGUCCUCCUGCGGGGACGGGGUCUGGGAUUAAAAAUAAAAAUAUAGGAUAAAACACACAUCUCGACCAGAGAGACACCACAACACUAUAUAAAGAGAGACCUAAGACAACAACAUAGCAUGGCAGCAACACAUGACAACACAGCAUGGUAGUAACACCACAUGAAAACAACAUGGUAGCAACACAACAUGGCAGCAGCACAACAUGGUAGCAGCACAAAACAUGGUACAAACAGGAUUGGGCACAGACAACAGCACAAAGGCAAGAAAGUAGAAACCACAAUACAUCACGCGAAGCCAGUCAGUUGAGAGGCAUGGCUCCCCUCUGUCUGUCCGUCCGUCUGUCCGUCCGUAUGUCUCUCCAGGCCCUAGCCUAGCACACGUUUAGAAUGCUCAUCGGGGUUCCUUUGCCAUGCCUGGCCAUGUGAGCGUGCUGUGGUUUCAUGAUAAAUAUAAGUUAGGAUAACAAGAUCCCAGAGAGGGAAUGAAUGGGAGCCAAAUGUCUACUUGUAGGCAGGGUUAGUGGUGACAUUAUCAAAACAGCGAUCAGGCUAAUCAGGGUCUCUUUCAUCUGAUCUCUUCCUUAUGUCCUGGCUGAACAUUGUGGCCUUUGGACACAUUGGCUGCGUAUCAUAUGGCACCAUUUUCCAUAUGUAAUGGGCUCAGGUCAAAAGAAGUCCACUAUCUAAGGAAUAGGGGGCCAUUUGGGACGCAGUCAUUAUUAAGCAUUCAGUUAGGAAGUCGUUUCCUCUACUGAAAGUGAGGCAUUCACAUGCACACACUCUUUCUUCCUUUCUUAUACCAUCUUCCUUCCUUCUCUGUGUCUCUGUCUCUGUCUCUGUCUCUGUCUCUGUGUGUGUGUAGGGACCGUUGGAGGUAGCCCAGGUCUUUCUGAAUGAGAUCCCAGCGGACCCCAAGCUCUUCCGUCACCACAACAAACUGCGCCUGUGUUUCAAAGAGUUCAUCAUGAGGUGAGAGCCAACCCAAACACCACUGUGCAACUGCAUGGCACGCCAACCAGCCAGUGAUGAGAAACACAUCAAACUUACACUUUGUGCUCUCACUUUUAAUCUUGCUCUGACUCUUGCUUUGGGUGCAGUUCGAUUCUCAAAUAUUUUCUCCAAAGUGUAAACUCGUUUUCAGUGCCGGCAAUAGUACAAUAUGUGGUGAAAUAUACAUUUCUGGUAUUAAUGGUUUUAAAUUGUUUUAGUGGUGGCUUGAAGUACGGACACUCUAUAAAAUAGUACUGUCGCAUGGUGGAAAUGGAAAAGCAAGUGAAUGACAGUAAAACCAGCUAUGUAUGCACCCACAGCAUCUGUCUUGGUAAUGCGUUAUUACUGGAAUACAUUCCUAGGUGAUACUGAAGGAAGCUAGAUGUGAUUUAAUACAACACAACAGGACAGGCAUAUUAACUUGUUUUCCCUUUAAUAUCACUCAGCUGCAUGGAACAGAAAAGCUUUAUUGUUCCCUGGGGAGUUAGUUUAAUUUUAGUUUGAAUAUUUUAAACAUAAUUUAAACCAACCGUCUAAACGGAUGAGGCAGGGAAUGUGGUGAUUUGGUCCAGGGUGUGUGUCUGUGUGCGAGUGUGUAUGUGUCACGCGUAUUGUUUGCCUCCGAAAGGUGGCUUUAAUUUUGGAACCCUCAUGUCACAUUCCAACUACCUUGAUUGCUGCAAGCAGGCCGGCAAAAAUAUUUACCGUAAUUUCAGAAAGGUUUAUUUUCUUCCAUAAUCCAUGCAAGUUUGCACGAGCUCAUUAUAUUCCAAGAACCACUUCUCAAGCUGCUAUUUGGGCUGGAAGGGCGAUGGCUAGCUAGUAGCUACACAUCAGCUGAUUGGAGUUUUUUUGGGGGGUAAGUGAAAUGCUUUUUUCCCCCUACCCCCCUUUUUUCCAGCAGUCCCUAUGCAUUUACUGUAUACUGUUAGAUUACAUUUUCCAUAUUACUUGCAUUUAAAGGAGAGAGAUAAGUGCAAACAUGUGUUUUUUAAGCAACCUCAUCUUUCCAUUUCCCUCUGCCUCGUUUGUUUGCCAUCCAUUAUGCAUGUUGUAAUUGUGACUGCGGGCAGACCGGACCCCGUACUGUACCUGUCCUCUGAAAUGAGGUUCAACCCCAGGGUACUUUGUUUGGUCAUGGAUCACUAUACUCCCUGCCACUCUCAGCACAGUACUACAAGAGACACUUCCCUUCCUUGAGCAUUGCUGUACUAAAAAAGGAGGCAAGGCUCAGAGAAAGAGCGAAAAUCUAAUACAGGGGGACACACAGGAGUUGUUUAACAAGGUGAAACAAUUAUUAAAUGUCAUUGUGAACUGAUUUGGGGAGAAAUCCAUGUCGGUCACAUAGUUCAGGAAAUGAACUGAAAUCCAUGAAAAGAAAAGAAGGAAAUGAAAUGAAUUAACACUGGAUGCAUGAACAUCCUCAUGAAGAUGAAUGAAAAGUAAUCAGGUCAGUGGUGAGUGAUGAAGGUGAGGAGAGGAAGUCGUUGAAGACUAUUGAGACACAACCCACAGUAUUGAUAUAUCCCAAAUGGUACCUUAUUCCCUACAGUGUAUAUAGUACACUACAGCCCUAUGGACCCUGGUCAAAAGUAGUGCACUACUGGAUAUAGGGAAUAGGGUUCCAUUUGGGACACAUCCUAUGUUUUAUUCCCCCUGUUCCUCUGUAGGUGUGGCGAGGCUGUGGAGAAGAACAAGCACCUGAUCACGUUGGACCAGAAGGAGUACCAGCAGGAGCUGAAGAAGAAUUACAACCGUCUGAGAGAGAACCUGCGGCCCAUGCUGGAGAGGAAGAUACCCGAGCUCUACAAACCCAUCAAACCACGCCUGGAGAACAGGUAACGCAUCAUCAAAGUGCGCAAUGCAGGGUUGAGUCCAGUAGGGACCAAAUGUGAGGGGAAAUGUUUGGAAAUGGAGGAGGUUUGGGUUACGUCCCAAAUGGCACCCCAUUCCCUAUACCAUUAUGGCCCCUGGUCAAAAGUAGUGCCCUAUAUAGGGAAAAUGGUUCCAUUUGGAACACCACUGAUACCUGAAUAUGUUUCAUAAGAAAGCUAAUUUUAGUUUCAUGUUAAUCCUAUCAACAGUCCUGCUUGCUUAGGUCGUCUGAAAGAAUCUGACAGCUGCUGUGUUGUAUUUUCAUAUUGCCUAUGCCACCAUGGAAAUCUAAUUGAACAGUUUCCUCCUCUCCUCCUCUCUCUCCCCCUCCUCCUCUCCCUCUCUGCUGUACCCUCCAAAGGGAUUCCAUCAAACGGCUCAGUUUCCGCAGAGCACCGGAGGAAAACUCCUGA